GUGUCCCCUGGUCCUCCCACUACUCAAUGAGAUGGCAAAAAAUGGGGCAGACUGCGAGCUACCUCAGAGGCGCCUAUCGGCCAAAGAAAAGCACAACAUGCAGUAUGCAGGUAGGGAGCGCUGAAUGAACCACCAUAUGACCAUGACCAUAAAGUUAAUGAUUGUUAUUGUUGACGUAACAUACGGUGAUGUAGGCCAAAGUAUUUUUGUUCACCCUGACUGAAGAAAAUAAAAACCUGCACAGUAUCAUUUGAGUUGAUUUAAGCUACACCCUAGCAGUUCACACUGACUGACAUGUCUUUAGAGGUGGUAGAGGUAAACCCCACUGUGUGUGUAUGUGUUUGUGCAGACUCCUUGUCGCUGAGUGAGAGGAAGCAGAGGGACCGCGAGGAGCGUGGGUCUCUGGUGUUAUGGAAGAAACCGCUCGUCACGCUACACUACUUCCUGCUGGAGCUGCGCAUAACCCUGAAGGACUGGAUGUGGGGGUGAGACACACUUCAGUCCUCGUCUCCAUUUUGGAAGUGUUGAAUGAGUGUUAAAUGUUUUGGAAUACAAAGUAUCGAUUAAGUGUUGAAAUAGAAAGUACAGUUGAAGUCGGAAGUUUACAUACACCUUAGCCAAAUACAUUUAAACUCAGUUUUUCACAAUUCCUGACAUUUAAUCCUAGUACAAAUUCCCUGUCUUAGGUCAGUUAGGAUCAUCACUUUAUUUUAACAAUGUGAAAUGUAAGAAUAAUAGUAGAGAGAAUUAUUUAUUUCAGCUUUUAUUUAUUUCAUCACAUUCCCAGUGGGUCAGAAGUUUACAUACACUCAAUUAGUAUUUGGUAGCAUUGCCUUCAAAUUCUUUAACUUGGGUCAAACGUUUCGGGUAGCCUUCCACAAGCUUCCCACAAUAAGUUGGGUGAAUUUUGGCCCAUUCCUCCUGACAGAGCUGGUGUAACUGAGUCAGGUUUGUAGGCCUCCUAGCUCGCACACGCUUUUUCAGUUCUGCCCACAAAUGUUCUAUAGGAUUUAAGUCAGGGCUUUGUGAUGGCCACUCCAAUACCUUGACUUAGUUGUCCUUAAGCCAUUUUGCCACAACUUUGGAAAUAUGCUUGGGGUCAUUGUCCAUUUGGAAGACCCAUUUGCGACCAAGCUUUAACUUCCUGACUGAUGUCUUGAGAUGUUGCUUCAAUAUAUCCACAUAAUUGACCUUCCUCAUGAUGCCAUCUAUUUUGUGAAGUGCACCAGUCCCUCCUGCAGCAAAGCACCCCCACAGCAUGAUGCUGCCACCCCCGUGCUUCACGGUUGGGAUGGUGUUCUUCGGCUUGCAAGCAUUCCCCUUUUUCCUCCAAACAUAACGAGGAAAAAGGGGAAUGCUUGCAAGCCGAAGAACACCAUCCCAACCGUGAAGCACGGUUUUGUUUCAUCAGACCAGAGGACAUUCCUCCAAAAAGUACGAUCUUUGUCCCCAUGUGCAGUUGCAAACCGUAGUCUGGCUUUUUUAUGGCGGUUUUGGAGCAGUGGCUUCUUCCUUGCUGAGCGGCCUUUCAGGUUAUGUCGAUAUAGGACUAGUUUUACUGUGGAUAUAGAUACUUUUGUACCGGUUUCCUCCAGCAUCUUCAAGGCCCUUUGCUGUUGUUCUGGGAUUGAUUUGCACUUUUCGCACCAAAGUACGUUCGUCUCUAGGAGACAGAACACGUCUCCUUCCUGAGCGAUAUGACGGCUGCGUGGUCCCAUGGUGUUUAUACUUGCGUACUAUUGUUUGUACAGGUGAACGUGGUACCUUCAGACGUUUGGAAAUUGCUCCCAAGGAUGAAACAGACUUGUGGAGGUCUACAAUUUAUAUUCUGAGGUCUUGGCUGAUUUCUUUUGAUUUUCCCAUGAUGUCAAGCAAAGAGGCACUGAGUUUGAAGGUAGGCCUUGAAAUACAUCCACAGGUACACCUCCAAUUGACUCAAAUUAUGUCAAUUAGCCUAUCAGAAGCUUCUAAAGCCAUGACAUCAUUUUCUGGACUUUUCCAAGCUGUUUAAAGGCACAGUCAACUUAGUGUAUGUGAACUUCUGACCCACUGGAAUUGUGAUACAGUGAAAUAAUCUGUCUGUAAACAAUUGUUGGGAAAAUUACUUGUGUCAUGCACAAAGUAGAUGUCCUAACCAACUUGCCAAAACUAUAGUUUGUUAACAAGAAAUUUGUGGAGUGGUUGAAAAACGAGUUUUAAUGACUCCAACCUAAGUGUAUGUAAACUUUCGACUUCAACUGUAUAUGUUUCUCAAUGUAGAAACAGAUGAUAUGUAUUCAUGAAUCUCCCCAACACUGGGAUCUAUUGCACUAUGACAGACUGAGCAAGUAAAUGGUCCAGCUGGUGGUGUGUGUAGGAAGACACAGGUGGUCUGAGCCCACACACACCCUCCCUACUGCUGAGGUCAUGUUAUGGCAACCCAGCCACAGACUGACGUGGAGGCAGCAGGGUCAGAGUCUACAGUCUACACUGGAAGAUAGAGGCUCUUUCUCAAUUAGUCUUUCCUCUAUUCCUCGCUGCCUCUGUCCUCGCCUCCUUCUCUAACUGCAUUGGGGGAGAAGAGCCAAUGUCCCUCCCUUCGGACCUUCUCCUUCAAAGUGUUUUGAGAAGGAGGUGAGGAGAAAGGACGUGCAGACAGGAGACCUUGACUGUCCCUGCUGCCCUCCUGGCUCUACAGUCAGACCAAACAACACAGGACCAUUUAUUAAAACAACAACGUAAGCAGGGAGUAGUUUUUGCCAUUCAUCUUCAUUGAUGUUGCUAUGAAGGAUGUCAAUUAGAUGCACUGCCCAAUUUUCUUUUUUUUCCUUUAGUCCAGUUGAUCAGAAUUGUAUUAUUUGUGAGUUGAGUUGAAUAAUAUUCCCACGCACUCCGUAUCAUUGCAGGCUCAAUGUUGAUGGUGAUAUGGAAGCGGUUUCUGAUAUGAAUAACCUUGUCUCAAGGGUGAUCCCAAUGUUGUUUUCCUUUUUUUUUGUCACCUAAUAGUCUGUUGACAUAAGGGCCUUUUUAAAAAAGAGGUCAUUGUGUACAUUGAGCAUCUUGUGGUUGUGCGUUUGAGGACAACAUGUUUAUUUUCUAAAUGACAAGAGGAUGUGGUAAACCACAAGCACUACAAAACAAGUAGUGUCCUGCCAGAGUAAGAGGCUGCUCAGUUCAGGAUAGCGCAAGUUGUUUUCAUAGCAAGUGGAUUGCAUGGUGAGAGAGAAGUGAUUUAUAAUAUAUAAAACAGCUAUGCAUGAUAUACAGUAUCAGUCAAAAGUUCAAGGGUUUUUCUUUAUUUGUACUAUUUUCUACAUUGUAGAAUAAUAGUGAAGACAUCAAAACUAUGAAAUAACACAUAUGGAAUCAUGUAGUAACCAACAAAGUGUUAAACAAAUCAAAAUAUAUUUUUGAUUUGAGAUUCUUCAAAGUAGCCACCCUUUGCCUUGACAGCUUUGCACACUCUUGGCAUUCUCUCAACCAGCUUCAUGAGGUAGUCACCUGGAAUGCAUUUCAAUUAACAGGUGUGCCUUGUUAAAAGUUAAUUUGUGGAAUUUCUUUCCUUCUUAAUGCGUUUGUGCCAAUCAGUUGUGUUGUGACAAGGUAGGGGUGGUAUACAGAAUAUUUACCAAAUAGGGCUAAGACCAAGUCCAUAUUAUGGCAAGAACAGCUCAAAUAAACAAAGAGAAACGACAGUCCAUUACUUUAAGACAUGACUGUCAGUCAAUCCAGAACAUUAAGAACGUUUCUUCAAGUGCAGUCGCAAAAACCAUCAAGCGCUAUGAUGAAACUGGCUCUCAUGGAGGACCGCCACAGGAAUGGAAGACCCAGAGUCACCUCUGCUGCAGAGGAUAAGUUAAUUAGUUACCAGCCUCAGAAAUUGCAGCCCAAAUAAAUGCUUCACAGAGUUCAAGUAACAGACACAUCAACAGUUCAGAGGAGACUGCGUGAAUCAGGCCUUCAUGGUCGAAUUGCUGCAAAGAAACCAUUACUAAAGGACACCAAUAAGAAGAGACUUGCUUGGGCCAAGAAACAUGAGCAAUAGACAUUAGACCAGUGGAGAUUUUUGGUUCCAACCGCCGUGUCUUUGAGACGUGAAGUAGGUGAACGUAUGAUCUCCGCAUGUGUGGUUCCCACCGGGAAGCAUGGAGGACGAGGUGUGAUGGUGCUUUGCUGGUGACACUGAUUUAUUUAGAAUUCAAGGCACACUUAACCAGCAUGGCUACCACAGCAUUCUGCAGCAAUACGCCAUCCCAUCUGGUUUGCGCUUAUUGGGACUAUCAUUUGUUUUUCAACAGCACAAUGACCCAACACACCAGGCUAUGUAAGGGCUAUUUGACCAAGAAGGAGAGUGAUGGAGUGCUGCAUCAGAUCACCCAACCUCAACCCAAUUGAGAUGGUUUGGGAUGAGUCCAGGUGAAGCUGUCAUCAAGGCAAAGGUUGGCUACUUUGAAGAAUCUCAAAUAUAUUUAUCUACAAUGUAGAAAAUAGUAAAAAAUAAAAACCCUGAAAUUAGUAGGUGUCCAAACUUUUGACUGGUACUGUAGGUUAUAGCACAGAUACUUAUUUGUAGUAUCUGUAAAGCUUUAUAAGCAGGCAUGUGGAUACGAAGUUAGUGUUAGGGUAAUGGCUAGGGUUGAGCUAGCAUGUGGACAUGAAGCAAGGGGUAGGAUUAGGGUUGUGGUUGAGGCUAAGGUUGAGUCUGCAUGUUGACAUGAAGCCAGGGUUACUGUUAGGGUUGACUUUCAAAUCAUGAACAGAAAACCCCCCAUAGGGUCAAAAGUGCACUGUAGUGCACUGUUGAGAAUAAGGUGCCAUUUGGGACGCAGAAUGAGUGCCAGUCCUCAUUACAGAUGUAGGAGCUUAAUUUGAUCACACAGUUGCAGGAGAACCUUCCUGCAAUGCAGGAAAUGUCAAACUUGUGCGAAUUUCCACUUAGACAUUUCAGACUUGAUUCUUCAAAAAAAGAAAUAAAAAAAUCCAUUAUAAUCCACAUUUCCUGUUGCGGCAGGAUUAUUUUCCUGCUGUAGCAAACUGGCUCAAAUUAAGAAGCUAUAAUAUCCUGUAAUAUCCUGGGACACUGAGAUUAAUGAGUGGGUGAAGAGAGGCGAGGAAGUGAGUAUAAGGCCUUUAAUAUGGUUACCAGGGAUCAGGGCCUUAAGUCCUCCAACAGCCCUUAAACACAUUGGGAUGGGAUCAGCCUGCGUGCCAGCUCUACACCAGCCACCAUCUGAUCAUCUUCCUUACCUCCUUUUCUUUCCAUCCCUCCCCCUUAUCCUCCCCACUUCCAUCUUUGUCCUCUUCUUUCCCUCCCACUUGUUACAAAACCAAUUAACUAGCCAUCUAAGUUGGCUACACUUGUCAUGUCUAGGGUUCCCAGGUCUAGCUACAUGGUCUGUAAUCUGAUUUAAUGUGUGCAUCUAUGAGAAACCAGUGUAUGCAGACCUGUUGUAUGCAUGUGCCCAGCAUAACGCAACCUUACCUAGAUGGCGGCAGGUAGCUUAGUGGUUAAGAGCGUUGUGCCAGUAACCGAAAGGUCGCAGGUUCUAAUCCCCGAGCCCACUAGGUGAAAAAUCUGUCGAUGUGCCCUUGAGCAAGGCACUUAACCCUAAUUGCUCCUGUAAGUCGCUCUGGAUAAGAGCGUCUGCUAAAUGACCAAUUAUUUAUUUAUAUUAUUUAUCCAGGGCCAGCUCCAUUCUCACUCACAUGGGUCAGCCAGCCCAAGCAGAUUAUUAGUUCAAAAUAGUGACCAAAGUAAAUAUACACAAAAGGAAACUACAAAAAGGCAUGUCCAAACUAAAUAGAUAACACAAAACAAACAAAGGCAUACUUCUAGCCACCUCUCGCUCUCACAGAUUGACAAUCACCACUAAUUGCCCACACUUGUGUGCUUAUCAAGGCUUCCUGGCAGAGCAUCUGACCCGGUUGCUGCUGCCCCCUGGGGAUGGAGUGUGGAAAUAGUAGUGUAGUGUCUAAUGCUCCUAAGAUCUAGUGAGAGCUGGCCUUUACUCUGACACGUAAAAAGGACAGAAUAAAAACUGUUCAAAAGUACUUAAUUUAUUUAAAACUGCAGUAACAGAGCAAGUUAAACACAUACAAAACUGGCAGCUAAAAACAGAUGUGGCUCACCAAUCCACUCCAAACUGCUUCUUUUUCCUUCUUCGGUAUUAUGGCAGUCCGCAAACAACCGUUAGAGGUGCAUGCCGCCACCUCAUGUAUGGGUGGUAAACUAUAGAAAAAAAUAUAUUCAUUGUAGGAAGGGGGGACAACAUCAUACAACAUAGACAUAAAACAAAAAUUCCCACUCGUUCAGUCACAUAACAAUUCAAGUCGCAUCCCUACACAGGCUCAGGGGCCUGUGACGGUGGAACAUCCUUUGACAGGACUUCUUGCAAGGCCUCGGCUGUAAACUCAAAAUGAUUAAAAUGCUCAGAUUUCUUCUUUGUUUGUGCUGUACAGUUUAUGACCAUUGCAAUAAAUGCUACAAAGUCCACAUGUAAUAUAUCAGGAUCCCUUGAUUGCCGGGAAGCAUUCACUGGUGCAGUCUCAAUUACCAUUGCGUCGUCAACACCACUCGCUCCUUCCACUCAUCUCAAUGCCUCCAGAUAGGAGACACGCUGGACAGCCCUUAUUCUCACCACCUGUCUCCUUCACCCUAACAGGGCAUUCCGGGGCCACAUAUAACCUCAGCUGGCAUACGAUAUUCUUCCUGUCUGCAUACACUUGAUACAAGCCCAAAUCUUUUGCAUUUAUAACAUUGGAGGGGCUUGUGCACAAAGGCUCUAACUGGGUAUCUCAUAAAGCCUAGCUUUACAUGAAAGGGAGAGAACUAUGAAAAAAACAAUAUGAACAAAGUGGGUUUCCUUACUCCAUCCAGGUUAGUCGACAUACACCAAUCACUUCACCUACUUCCUCAGGUAUAUCAUCUGCAUCCAUUUCAUGCACAACCCCCGAGAUAACCCCAUUGACAGGCGCCCUUCGUCGGAAAUCCAUACACAAUUUUCCAUUUAAAUCUUUGAGGCACAAAGCACACUUCUUUACUGCGGACAAUUAUUUAUAAAAAAAACAAAAAACAGAAUAAGACCAGCUCGUGACUCAACGACACCACCUGACCCAAUGCAUCCAUGAUAUUCAUUGUGACUUCAAACGGAUCAUUGAUUCAAAAUCAUCACUCCGACUAUAAAAUAAUGUAGGGAUUUCUUAGUUUCUGUCACAACUUCACUUAUUUUGUUUCCUUUUUUUUACACGACUGUAGCCGCUUCGACUAGACCAUCUGUUUCCACCAUCUUUUCCUCACUUGCUUCAAGGAGCUGUCUUCCUUCCACUACAAACAUUCUGGCACACCCAUUUUAACACGGCAGGUGACCUAGUUACUGAGCUGAAACACCUGUGUCAAUUAACCACUUAAUUAGCUGGACCUAUAGAAAACAAGAAACACUUGACAAUGAACACCAGCCUGCAAUUGGUUGAAAGUGAUGGGACAGGUCUAGAAACUGGAAUGUUUGGUAAACCCACAUACUACAGUUAACUAUAGAAUUCUAUACUCCACACUGUAGGAUCGCUCGAUCGUGUAGUGCUUACUAUAGACUUUUGUAGUAUACUGUAGAAUACUAUACUACACACUGUACUAUCCCUUGAUCAUGAUUCAUGUGUAGUACUUACUUAAAAAUUGUGUAUUAUACUGUGGAAUACUAUACUACACACUGUAGUAUCCCUCGAUCAUGUAGUGCUUACUUUAUAAUUUUGUAGUAUAAUGGAGAAUACCAUACUACACACUGUAGUAUCCCCCUUGAUCAUGUAGUACUUACUAUAUAAUUUUGUACUGAAGAAUUCUAUACUACACACUAUAGUAUCCCUCGAUUGUGUAGUGCUUACUAUAGAAUUGUGUAGUAUACUGGAUAAUUCUAUACUACACACUGUAGUAUCCCUCGAUCGUGUAGUGCUUACUAAAAUAUUUUGUAGUAUACUGUAGAAUAAUAUACUACACACUGUAGUAUCCUCCUUGAUCGUAGUGCUUACUGUAGACUUUUGUAGUAUAUUGUAGAACACUGUACUACACACUGUAGUAUCCCUUGAUCGUGUAGUGCUUACUUUAGAAUGUUGUAGUAUACUAUACUACACACUGUAGCAUUCCUCGAUCACAUAGUGCUUACUUUAACAUUUUAUGAUCGAUUGGACCGCUAGCUAACUUUUCUGCUAGCUUUGUCGAUGCUGUUUUGAUUUGAACGCGCUGUCCUUGGGGAGCUCAUGCAGGAGAUUUCCUCUGAGUUUCCCCCUCGAUCAUGUAGCGCUUACUAUAGAACGUUGUAGUAUACUAUACUCCACACUGUAGUAUCCCUUGAUUGAUUGAUUUUAUAAGACCUAUAUAAAAACACAAAUGUGGAUACAAUGCAUUUAGACAUUUGUCGAGAAUAACACAAAAAAGGUUACAUGUAUUUCCAUUGUGGUCCUAGUUCCAACAUGUUACACAUUGACAGCUAACCCAAAUGAAAAAUACUAUAGUAUACUAUGGUCUAAAUAAAAGUAUACACUAUAGUAUUCACUGUAUUGUUUUUGCAGACUUUACUGUAGUAUUAUUGCAGACAUGACUGUAGUAUACUGUAGUAUUUAAUGUAGUAUUCUUGCACACAUGACUGUAGUAUCCUGCAGUAUUUACUGUAGUGUUUUUGCGGACAUGACUGUAGUAUAUUGUAGUAACACCUGCCGACUACGGUUAGCUAAAAUGGCACAACUACACCUACUGUUUAAUGAGGGGAACACCUCAACCAGAACAUAAGACACAGGUUCGUGACAUGCCACCUGGGCGCUGCCAAUAAACUGCCUGGACCUCAAACCAGCAAAGCCUGUCCAAACAAACCAACUGAAAACAAAAUAACAUUAUUGCAGUGGCUUUACAUAAUGAACAUCUUGAAUAUUGUCACACAUGAAUAAACUCACUGAUGGUCUAUCUCAACACAUACCAUUCACGGCAAUCAACCACACCCCAAACAUAAACCAACAGCACCACCGUACAGCCUAUACACACAAAGGACCUUCCCGGUACAAAGCUCUCACCUGAACAUGACCAAGGGGUGCUUUUUGCAUUUCCUGCAUGUCCUACCCUAAUAAGAGUGCCCAGGGAAACACUGACCAAAACUUUGGUUCCUAGCCUGUCACACAAUAUUAUUCAGUUACAAGAUUGUAACUGAUUGAGUUUGGAUCCUGGUUGUGAAGACGGUACAAACAAUAGACGUUUUCAUUCUUUUGGCGGUCUAGCACGACUGUACUGUGACUGUGGUCAACAUGGCAGGUGCUUCAGGCGGUAGUGAAAUCUAUAUUGAUUGUGAAAAUAAUGAGAAUUCCAGUGAGGAUCAACCUUUUACAUCUGUUGUAAGUAGGAAGAAUAGAAUGAAAAAGGAUCGUAAUGUGGGUGAUUGAGGGCUGAAUACAGUUGGGGAAUUGAGUGGUGCUGAAAGUAGGACUGCUAUACAACGUAGGAAUUUUCUGGAAAAGGAGAAUGUAGAAGAGAGCUACAAAGUUAUGGUGGUUUUCCCUGAACCAUCAAACAAACACGGUCAUCCUAUUCAGUUGACAAAAGCAAUUCAGAGACAGAUAGGGGUGAUUAAGGAUGCCAAAGUUUUGAGAUUUGGCAAAGUAUUGAUUUAUGCAAAUAGAAAAUGCAGCAGGAGAAGAUUCUGUAGUUAGAAUCUCUUAAUGAGUGUCAGGUGAAAUGCCAUACUGAGGGGGGUAAUUGCUGAGAUACCAUUGUCAGUAACCAUGGAAGAUGUUAUGACUUCCUGAAAGGUAUGAAAGUAACUGAAGCAAAAAGGAUUAUGAGUAAAAAGUGGCAGUCGAGUAGACACCACAACAGUACUUUUAAACUUUGAAGCGAAAUUGCCAACCACAGUACAGCUAGGAAUGCUACGUUAUCAUGUUAGAGAAUAUGUGCCACCUCCACUUCAGUGUUUUAAGUGCCAAAGGAUGGGGCAUGUUGCUAAUGUGUGCAAAGGAACAUUUAGAUGUGCAGGGUGUGGUGGGGAUCAUGAGUAUGGUAAAUGUGGACCUGAUACUAAAGUUAAGUGUUGCAACUGUAAUGGUGAGCAUAGUGCAGCAUAUGGGGAAUGUGAAGUACCAAAACAAGCCAUGGAAAUGCAGGAGGUACAAAGUAAAGAAUAAUGCAUCAUAUUCAGAGGCUGUUUGUGAAAUGAACAAGCCUUUUGAUCGAAAUGCUGGCUCCAGUACAUCAGCAGUCAGUGGUGGCUGCUUCUAGGAUGACUAUAGCGCCGGUGGGGCCCAUGGAGCGUCAGCCUAGUGCCAAUGUGACAUGCGAGCAUAAAUGCUUGGUUACAGAGAUAUCCAUGGUUGUAAAUUAAGGAAUACCUGGGAUAGGAUAAAGUAAUCCUACCCCCCCCCCCCCCUAAAAAAAAAAAAAAAAAAAAAAAAAAAGAUAUUGUAAAGUGGUUAUCCCACUGGCUAUAGGGUGAAUGCACCUAUUUGUAAGUCGCUCUGGAUAAGAGCGUCUGCUAAAUGACGUAAAUGUAAAUGUAAAUGUAAAUCAUAUAGACUUCAUGGCGUUCUUGUGUAGAGCAAUCAAUAUGGGUCAGAAGAGGAGCAGGACUGCACGAAUAAUGGAAGUAAUGAAGGCACCUCAAGAAAUACUGAACAUUACUGAAGUUUCAGUACCAUUGAUACAUCGGAUGUUGAAUCAUAAUCCGAAUGAUGAUCAGGAACAGAAUAAGUCAUUGUAUUAUGCUUUUUAUCAUCCUUCAAUGGAAUACUAGAAGCCUUAUUGCUAAUGGUCAAGAGUUUAAGAAAUGUGUAAUUGAUUUAGAGAUUAGAGAGAUGUGUUCAAGAAACAUGGCUUAGACCACAUCUUGAUUUUAUUACUCCUGUUUAUUGUUCAAUCAGAUCUGACAGAGCAACUGGUCAGGGUGGUGGAUGCGCUACAUUCAUAAAGGAAUGUCUUGCAUAUCGUAAUAUAUCUGUUCCACCUAAGUAUGAAUGUGAUGGUUGAAAUCUACAGUACGGGUAGUAAUAUUAAGCAGUUCUACAAUCCUUGUCGACAACUAUGUAUAGCGAUGUUUGAUGAAAUAUCAGAAUACUUGGGUUCUAGAGAGAUAUGGUGUGGUGACUUUAAUGCACAUAAUAGUUUAUGGGGAAGCACACAUACUGAUGCUAAUGGUAUGAUUGUCGAAGAUAUGAUGGAAGCAAGAGCAUUAGUAUGUCUUAAGGAUGGAUGUGGUACAAGAAUAGAUGUUGUCAGAGGGGUUACAUCCUGCCUGGACCUCACAAUGGCUUCUAAUGCUAUUGCAGCCAUAUGUGAAUGGAAGGUAACCGGCCUAAAUGACUACAGACCCGUAUCACUCACGUCUGUAGCCAUGAAGUGCUUUGAAAGGCUGGUCAUAGCUCACAUCAACACCAUUAUCCCAGAAACCCUAGACCCAGUCCAAUUUGCAUACCGCCCCAAUAGAUCCACAGAUGAUGCAAUCUCUAUUGCACUCCACACUGCCCUUUCCAACCUGGACAAAAGGAACACCUACGUGAGAAUGCUAUUCAUUGACUACAGCUCAGCAUUCAACACCAUAGUACCCUCAAAGCUCAUCACUAAGCUAAGGACCCUGGGACUAAACACCUCCCUCUGCAACUGGAUCCUGGACUUCCUGACGGGCCGCCCCCAGGUGGUAAGGGUAGGUAACAACACAUCUGCCACGCUGAUCCCCAACACGGGGGCCCCUCAGGGGUGCGUGCUCAGUCCCCUCCUGUACUCCAUGUUCACCCAUGACUGCAUGGCCAGGCACGACUCCAACACUAUCAUUAAGUUUGCCGACGACACAACAGUGGUAGGCCUGAUCACCGACAACGAUGAGGCAGCCUAUAGGGAGGAGGUCAGAGACCUGGCCGUGUGGUGCCAGGAUAACAACCUCUUCCUCAACGUGAUCAAGACAAAGGAGAUGAUUGUGGACUACAGGAAAAGGAGGACCAAGCACAUCCCUUUUCUCAUCGACAAGGCUGUAGUGGAGCAGGUUGAGAGCUUCAAGUUCCUUGGUGUCCACAUCACCAACAAACUAUCAUGGUCCAAACACACCAAGACAGUCAUGAAGAGGGCACGACAAAGCCUAUUCCCCCUCAGGAGACUGAAAAGAUUUGGCAUAGGUCCUCAGAUCCUCAAAAGGUUCUACAGCUGCACCAUCGAGAGCAUCCUGACUGGUUGUGUCACUGCCUGGUAUGGCAACUGCUCAGCCUCCAACCGCAAGGCACUACAAGGGUAGUGCGUACAGCCCAGUACAUCACUGGGGCCAAGCUUCCUGCCAUCCAGGACCUCUAUACCAGGCGGUGUCAGAGGAAGGCCCUAAUGUACAUAUUACCUCAAUUACCUCGAAUAACCUGUGCCCCCGCACAUUGACUCUGUACCGGUACCCCCUGUAUAUAGCCUCCCUACUGUUACUGCUGCUCUUUAAUUAUUUGUUAUUUCUUUAAAUGUUUUACUUAUCUAUUUUUUACUUAACACUUAUUUUUCUUAAAACUGCAUUGUUGGUGAAGGGCUUGUAAGUAAGAAUUUCACUGUAAGGUCUACACCUGUUGUAUUUGGCGAAUGUGACAAAUAUAAUUUGAUUUGAUUUGAUUCUACUAAUGGGAGUGAUCAUUUCCCAAAAAUUUUUUUGUAACAUGACCGGUGAUGUCACUAUUCCAGAUAGGAUACCAUUCAGAAGAUGAUGCUUUCCUAAUGCGGACUGGGAAAAGUUUGGAGGACAUUGUUUAAAGUCUGUUGGAUAGUGGUCUUUAGAGAUGCCAGUUGAUGUUUGUGCUGCCUCUCACUUCUCUGAUUUUGAGUGCAGCAAACUUACAUAUACCAGUGAGUGAAGUGGGUGAGAAAAGAAAGGUGGUUCCUUGGUGGACUGAAGAUUGUACUGCGGCUAUUCAAUAAAUAAAUAGGGCCUACAGAGUAUUACGUAGGACUUUGACUCCUGAAAAUCUAGUUGAUUUCCAAAGGAAGAGAGCUUUGGUGUGCAGGGUCAUUAAGUCUGCCAAGAGAAAUGCAUGGAGACAGUUCUGUUCUACAAUAGGCAGGGGUACUGAGCUGGGAGAUGUUUGGUCUAUGUUGAAGAAGAUGACUGGAAGAAGCAAAAGCACUCAAAUUCUAGUUUUGGUUGAUGGUGAUUAUCUGGCUGUAUUAGAUAAAGAAAAAGAUGACAUGUUGGGGAAGGCAUUUGCUAAUGUACAUAGUGGGGUUACUUUGAACAAAGUGUCUAAGCAACGCAGGCAUGCGAUUUUAAAUGCUCAUACUAAUGUGUAUAUGAAGAGGGAUAUUGUUGACUUGUCAUUGGAUCCUGAUUUUACAAUGCAUGGAGGUGCGAUUAGGCCUUAUAGGCUGUGGAUCUACAGUACAUUCGGAAAGUAUUCAGACCCCUUGACUUUUUCCACAUUUUGUUAUGUUACAGCCUUAUUCUAAAAUUGAUUUAAAAUUUUCAAAAAUCUCAUCAAUUUACACAAUACUCCAUAAUGACAAAACAAAAACUGGUUUUUAGAAUUUUCUGCAAAAAAUAAAUAAAUGAAAUAUCACAUUUACAUAAAUAUUCAGAGCCUUUACUCAGUACUUUGUUGAUGCACCUUUGGCAGCGAUUACAGCGUCGAGUCUUCUUGGGUAUGACGCUACAAGCUUGGCACACCUGUAUUUGUGGAGUUUCUCCCAUUCUUCUCUGCAGAUCCUCUCAAGCUCUGUCAGGUUGGAUAGGGAGCGUCGCUGCACAGCUAUUUUCAGGUCUCUCCAGAGAUGUUCGAUAGGGUUCAACUCCAGGCUCUGGCUGGGCCACUCAAGGACAUUCCCGAAGCCACUCCUGCGUUGUCUUGGCUGUGUGCUUAGGGUCGUUGUCCUGUUGGAAGGUGAACCUUAACCCCAGUCUGAGGUCCUGAGCACUCUGGAGCAGGUUUUCAUCAAGGAUCUCUCUGUACUUUGCUCCGUUCAUCUUUCCCUCGAUCCUGAUUAGUCUCCCAGUCCCUGCCUCUGAAAAACAUCCCCACAGCAUGAUGCUGCCACCAACAUGCUUCACCGUAGGGAUGGUGCCAGGUUUCCUCCAGACGUGAUGCUUGGCAUUCAGGCCAAAGAGUUCAAUCUUGGUUUCAUCAGACCAGAGAAUCUUGAGUCCUUUAGGUGCCUUUUGGCAAACUCCAAGCGGGCUGUCAUGUGCCUUUUACUGAGGAGUGGCUUCCGUCUGGCCACUCUAUCAUUAAGGCCUGAUUGGUGGAGUACUGCAGAGAUGGUUGUCCUUCUGGAAGGUUCUCCCAUCUCCACAGAGGAACUCCGGAGCUCUGUCAGAGUGACCAUUGGGUUCUUGGUCACCUCCCUGACCAAGGCCCUUCUCUACCGAUUGCUCAGUUUGGCCAGGCAGCCAGCUCUAGGAAGAGUCUUGGUGGUUCUAAACUUCUUCCAUUUAAGAAUGAUGGAGGCCAUUGUGUUCUUGGGGACCUUCAAUGCUGCAGACAUUUUUUGGUACCCUUCCCCAGAUCUGUGCCUCGACACAAUCCUGUCUCGGAGCGCUACGGACAAUUCCUUCGACCUCAUGGCUUGGUUUUUGUAAAUAAGGUAUUGUUGUUUUUUAUUUUUAAUACAUUUGCAAAUGUUUCUAAAAACCUGUUUUCGCUUUGUCAUUAUGGGGUAUUGUGUGUAGAUUGAUGAGGAAACAUUUUUAUUUAAUCAAUUUUAGAAUAUGGCUGUAACGUAACAAAAUGUGGAAAGAGUCAAGGGGUCUGAAUACUUUCCGAAUGCACUGUAUAGCCCCAGGUUAUGAUAAAUGGUGUAAUGUAAUGUUUAAGCAUCUCCCUGAUGCUCCCUUACACUGAACAAAAAUAUAAACGCAACAUGCAACAAUUUCAACAAUUUUACUGAGUUACAGUUCAUAUAAGGAAAUCAGUAAAUUGAAAUAAAUUCAUCAGGCCCUAAUCUAUGGAUUUCACAUGACCAUGGGUGGGCCUGGGAGGGCUGGCCCACCCACUUGGGAGCCAGGCCCACCCACUGGGGAGCCAGGCCCAGCCAAUCAGAAUGAGUUCUUCCCUCCAAAAGGACUUUAUUACAGACAUAACUACUCCUCCGUUUCAUCAGCUGUCCGGGUGGCUGGUUUCAGACGAUCCCGCAGGUGAAGAAGCCCGAUGUGGCGGUCCUGGGCUGGCGUGUUUACACGUGGUCUGCGGUUGUGAGUCCGUGGGUUGGACAUACAGCCAAAUUCUCCAAUACAACGUUGGAGGCAGCUUAUGGUAGAGAAAUUAACAUUAAAUUCUCUGGCAACAGCUCUGGUGGACAUUCCUGCAGUCAGCAUGCCAAUUGCAUGCUCCCUCAAAACUUGACACAUCUGUGGCAUUGUGUUGUGUGACAAAACUGCACAUUUUAGAGUGGCCUUUUAUUGUCCCCAGCACAAGGUGCACCUGUGUAAUGAUCAUGCUGUUUAAUCAGCUUAUUUAUAUGCCACACCUUUCAGGUGGAUGGAUUAUCUUGGCAAAGGAUAGAAUGCUCACUAACAGGGAUGUAAACACAUUUGUGCGUAUGGACAAUUUCUGGGAUAUUUUAUUUCAGCUCAUGAAACAUGGGACCAACAUUUUACAUGUUGCGUUUAUAUUUUUGUUCAGUAUAGAUAACACAAAACAAACAAAGGCAGGCAUAGAGGCGUCUGGCCACCUCUCUCUCACAGAUUGACGAUCAUCACUUGGCCCCACCUGUGUGCUUAUCAAGGCUUCACAAGGCUUCCUGACAGAGCAUCUUGCCCGGUUUCUGCUGUCCCCCUGGGGAUGGGGUGUAGAAGUGGUAGUGUAGUAUCUACUAAUGCUCCUAAGACCUAAACUACAUAACCUAUUCCAUAACACUUCUUUCCCUCCUCCUCACUCCUCUCUUCCCUCAGGUUAUGGCGGCAGAGACAUUCAGUCUUGUCUCUGCUGGUGCUGGUCACCCUCUUCUCCAUCGCCUACUGUGUUAACGGAACACAUCAGAAGGUGCGUGUGUGUGUGUGUGCGUGUAUGAGCAGCCCUGUCCACACAUCAUCAGGGGUUGCUAAUUAACAUCCCUAAGACUUUAUAAAGUUGUUGUCUCCCAAGACCACAAGCUGAAAAAAGAGUAUUAAACUUAACACACACUUAUCUUCACCUGACCUAUUUACCACACAUCCACAUGCCCUAUUUAAUCAGUAAAUUAGCUGAUGCCCUAUUUAAUCAGUACAUUAGCUGAUGCCCUAUUUAAUCAGUACAUUAGCUGUACCUCAUGAACAGCUUAUAUACUGAGUACACACACACACACGCAUGCGCUGUACCAAAUGAACAACUAAUGUACCACAGCAAAAGUGGUACAGAGAUCCAGACAGAAUUGCUUUAAAGCUGCAGCAAUAAAUAUAUUAUGUGCCAUAUUAGACUCUUAAGCUCUAGUCCUAAAGUGUUACGUCAUUAACUCCUGGUAACCCUGAAAACAAUUGGACAUGGCUGGCACUUUCCACCCAGGCUUUUUACUAGGCGAUGAGAGACACUGCUGCCGCUGCAUAUGUUGUUUUUGUUUUCACGGGUUCACGGGGGUUUGCUGGGAGAUAGAGUUCAUUGCCAAAAAAAACUCCACAGUGUUCCCGUAAUCUACACCAUCACUGGCUCUUCCAGAAAACAACCUGUCUGCCCAUGCUUGAGGAGGAGGCGUUGGUCCUUAAAUGAGAGAGAGAGAGAGAGAGAGAGAGAGAGAGAGAGGAGAGAGAGAGGAGAGAGAGAGAGAGAGAGAGAGAGAGAGAGAGAGAGAGCUGAUGAAGAGUAGGGGGAAUAAACUGGGUAAGAGCUGACUUCCUUGAAGAAGAAUGCUGUUUUUCUCUCUGUUUGUGUUGUUCUGAAUCUGAACACUCCUACCCUAUGGCCCUGUCCUCUAAACUGUCAACAGACACUAGCGUAUAUUCUCUAUCUUAUAUUCUCACUCCCUCUCUCUCUAUCACUUGCCCUCUCUCACCCUCUCUGCCCCCCUCUCCCUCCCUCCCUCCCUCCCUCCCUCCCUCCCUCCCUCCCUCCCUCCCUCCCUCCCUCCCUCCCUCCCUCACUCUCUCACUUGCUCUCUUUCCCCCUCUCUCCACUGCUCCCCCUCCCCUAUCUUUCUGUGGUGCACUUUGACUUUCUGCCUCUCACUCUUGGCAGUCCCUCCUAUUUCUAGAGUAGGGUGCGCGCACACACACACCCUCCCUCCUAGUGUCUCUCCUACUUAGAUUUAUUUCACUCUGCCUGAGUCUCUCAUGGCUGACAGUCUCUCUGUCUGUCCCCUGUGUACAGUAUGUACAACACAUGGAGAAGAGGUUCCUGUGGUGUGCCUACUGGGUAGGCUUGGGUAUCCUGUCCUCUGUGGGACUGGGGACUGGCCUGCACACCUUCCUCCUCUACCUGGUAAGAACUCUCUCAUUUACCAUGCAAAUACAUGCAUCUACCUUGUGUCCACCAUGCUUAGCUUGAGCCCAAGAACACUUUCAUAUUCUGUGCAAUACAUGUUGAAGCAUAAUUUGAGAGUCUAGGAACACCUAUAUAUACCAUACAAAUGCAUGCUCAUAUUUAAAUAGCAUAAGAGCACCUACGAAUGUUUCAUAUACCAUGCAAAAUCUGUUCAUGCUUAAGUUGAAAUAUCCCCAGUGUCAGUUUUUUUGUAUAUUUAUAUUUUAUUUUUAUUAGCAAUUUGUUUUCUUACUUUUUAACUUUGUUUUCUUACUUUUCCCCUAUUGUUGGGAAAGGGCUCGUGAGUAAGCAUUUCAUGGUAAAGUACACCUGUUGUAUUCGGUGCAAGUGACAAAUAAAAUGUUUUUUGAUUUGACGUUACUCAAGUCAGUCACACUGUGUAUGAUGCCCAUCUCAAACUCAGUGUUGAUGUUUUGUGAGUUGCUGCUAAGAGAGGAGAGUCUGUAAUAGGCUGUAAUAGGAGGUUGGAACAUGGCUAAAAGUUUAAGGAGAUUACCUGUGUCUCAGAAGAGAGUGUAUGUGUGUGUGUGUGUGUGUGUGUGUGUGUGUGUGUGGUGUGUGUGUGUGUGUGUGUGUGUGUGUGUGUGUGUGUGUGUGUGUGUUGUGUGUGUGUGUGUGUGUGUGUGUGUGAACGUGUGUGUAUGUAUGCUAGUGUGUGUGUAGAACAUUGUGGUGUUAAGUUCUCCUCAGUGAAUAGGCACACACUGCGGCGGGGCUGGCGGGUAGCAGUAGUGUUUUGACAGGCAGUCCAAAAAAGAACGAGCGCACUCAGUGACCCCACUGACUGAGUGCAUGCAAGGCUAGCCAACCUUUCUCUCUCCUCCCUUUCUUUAUUUUUCUUCUCUCUCCCUCUCUCUCUCUCUCUCUCUCUCUCUCUCUCUCUCUCUCUCUCUCUCUCUCUCUCUCUCUCUGUGACUCUCUCCCCCAUCCCUCUCCUCUCUCUCUCUGCUUCUGUCUCUCUCCCCCUCCCUCUCCUCUCUCUCUCUGCUUCUGUCUCUCUCCACCCCUCCCUCUCCUCUCUCUCUCUGCUUCUCUGUCUCUCUCCACCCCUCCCUCUCCCUGUUUUGAGUGGCAGUGUGGAGCAAAGGAACAGGGGCUGGCUGACUAUGCUGCAGAUCUGGGUUCCCAAACAUCUGGUAGUCUUUACCGCUCUGAGAACACUAUUAACACUGAGCCACCCAUCUGUCAUUUGGGAGCAGCAUAGUCGCAGUCCCACUGCAUCGCCAAUGGAGCUGAACUGGAAACUGUUAAGUGUGUCCUCCAUUCUGUGUUUUGGAGAGCCACCCUGUGCUCCCAGAUGUCAUUUGAGAAGUUUUUAUUUUGUUAUUUUUUGGGGUGACCUGACUUACUUUCCAAGAUGGCAGACUGUUUUAAAGGAGGAUGUCGCCAUCUCAUGGUCUUUUGUGGUAAUGGAUCAGCAGUUUUUCAGUGCUGUUUGAGGAAUCAGUUAAAGUUGCCUGCUUUUGAAUGUGAAGCUGAUUGACACUGCUGUAUUUAUGGAGGCUAUGGACGGGUGGGUUGUUUAGCAACAAAACCGAUUCAUGCACAACUUUGGGGCAAAACAGAGGGGUGGGCUCAGGCUUACAUUCAAAGGAUUAUUGACAACAUGUAUACUAUAUUUCGUCUCCAAAUGUUUAUUGAAAACAUAAAUACAAAUAGAUCGUUACAGUUGUUGGUUAGCUAGCUAGGGGAUUUUAGCCAUAUUAUCGUAGAUGUGACAUAAGUCAAAACACCUCAAAACAAGACAUGGUAUCAAGAACAAGAUACAAGUAGCUGAAACGGCCCACCAACAUAGCAGCUUCUUGUCAUUGUUGCUAGCUAUCUGACGUUCAGAAUCAUAUCAUAACACACAGCAGGGGCAGCAGGUAGGCUGGCGAGUAGGUGCGUUGGGCCAGUAACCGAAAGGUUGCUGGAUCGAAUCCCCGAGCUGACAAUGUAAAAAUAUGUCUUUCUGCACCUGAGCAAGGCAGUAAACACACUGUUCCCCAGGCGCCGAUGACGUGGUUAUCGAUUAAGGCAGCCCCCCACACAUCUCUGAUUCAGAGGGGUUGAGUUAAAUGCGGAAGGCACAUUUCAAUUGAAUGCAUUCAGUUGUACAACUGACUAGGUAUCCCCCUUUCCUUUCCCAGUAUUUCCCCUGUAUUCAUUUAACUGCAGCGCACCGCCAGAAAUUCAUAUUCUGGGUGUAAAAAUGCUAUGUGUGUAAACGUAAAUUAUUAAAACAAGACAGAAAGUUUGUAGAAAAGAUAAUUGAUAUUUUUUAAUUGCAUAAUCUUUGAAAACUAAAAAUCACCAAAAUAUCAUCUCGAAAACAAAAGCAAUUUAGGUCAAAAGAGUUUAUACUAAGAAAGGAAAUAGAAAGUCUAACAGAACAGAUAGAUGGCAAUAAAAACUGUAACAUAGAGGCUCAGAAUAAAUUAGAGGAAAAACAAAAAGAAAUUGAGAAACUUAUUCAAGAAAGAUCAAGUGUAAUAUAUUAUAAAAAUAAAGCAAACUGGAUGGAAUAUGGGGAAAAAUGCACAAAAUUCUUUUUAAAUCUUCAACAUAGGAAUGCUACCAAAAAGAACUUAAUGAAACUGGUUACAAUUGACGGAGUCACCCAUAAUUCACCAAAUGAUAUUUUGAAGGAAGAAACAAAGUACUUUAAGCAUAUGUUUUCUUUUCAGUCGCCUCCAUCUCCUCUAACUGAAGCUAAUUGUAGAGAUUUUUUUUCUAUUGAUAAUGUCAUUAUUAACAGCCACACAGAAAGACUCAUGUGAAGGUGAAAUUACAGAGGAGGAACUUCUGGAUGCAAUUAAAGACUUUAAGUCCGGGAAAACUCCAGGGUUGGAUGGCAUACCAGUCGAGGUAUACCAAACCUUUUUUGAUAUACUAAGAGGACCGUUAUUAGCAUGUUUUAACCACUCCUAUGUAAAUGGUAGAUUAUCUGACACUCAAGAAGAAGGUCUGAUCUCAUUAUUACUGAAACAGGAUACAAGUGGAAAAUAUAAAGAUCCAGGCUAUUUAAAAUAUUGGAGGCCCCUUACACUUCAGUGUUGUGAUGCAAAAAUCCUAGCAAAAUGUAUAGCGCAUAGAAUUAAAAAGGUAUUGUCGGAUAUUAUUCAUUCUAAUCGGACAGGUUUUUUCAAUGGAAGAUACAUUGGAGAUAAUAUAAGGCAAGUAUUGGAAACAAUAGAACACUAUGGAAAAUAUGGGAAACCAGGCCUGCUAUUCAUAGCAGACUUCGAAAAGGCAUUUGAUAAAGUUCGACUGGGGUUUAUAUAUAAAUGCCUGGAGCAUUUCAAUUUUGGAGAAUCUCUUAUAAAAUGGGUCAAAAUCAUGUAUAGUAACCCUAGGUGUAAAAUAGUAAAUAAUGGCUAUUUCUCAGAAAGUUUUAAACUGUCAAGAGGAUUGAAACAAGGUUGUCCACUAUCGGCAUAUCUAUUUAUUGUGGCCAUCGAGAUGUUAGCUAUUAAAAUCAGAUCCAAUAAUAAUAUCAGAGGAUUAGAAAUACAGGGCUUAAAAACAAAGGUGUCAUUGUACGCAGAUGAUUCAUGUUUUCUUUUAGAUCCACAACUAGAAUCCCUCCACAGCCUCAUAGAGGAUCUAGAUACAUUUUCUAACCUCUCUGGAUUACAACCAAAUUAUGACAAAUGUACUAUAUUACGUAUUGGAUCACUAAAAAAUAAAAAAUUUACAUUACCAUGUAGUUUACCAAUAAAAUGGUCUGAUGGUGAUGUGGAUAUACUCGGAAUACAUAUCCCAAAGGAAAUAAAUGAUCUCACUUCAAUACAUUUUAAUAGAAAGUUAGCAAAAAUAGAUAAGAUCUUACUACCAUGGAAAGGAAAAUACCUGUCAAUUUGUGGAAAAAUCACCCUGAUUAACUCUUUAGUAUUAUCCCAGUUUACCUAUUUGCUUAUGGUCUUGCCUUCGCCUAGCGAACAGUUUUUUAAAUUAUAUGAGAAAAAAAUAUUCAAUUUUAUUUGGAACGGCAAGCCAGACAAAAUUAAAAGAGCAUAUUUAUAUAAUGAAUAUGAAUUCGGAGGACAGAAAUUAUUAAAUAUUAAAGCAUUAGACCUAUCACUAAAAGCUUCAGUCAUACAAAAGUUAUACUUAAAUCCGAACUGGUUCUCAAGCAGAUUAGUAAGAUUGUCUCACCCAAUGUUCAAGAAAGGCCUUUUUCCCUUUAUUCAGAUUACAACCUCUCACUUUCAGUUAUUUGAAAAGGAAAUAAUCUCCCAAAUGUCACUAUUUCUAAAACAAGCCAUAGAAAGUUGGUUGCAAUUUCAAUUUAAUCCUCCAGAAAUGACAGAACAAAUAAUGCAACAAAUAUUGUGGUUAAAUUCAAAUAUACUAAUUGACAAAAAACCUUUAUUUUUUGACAGAAUGUUUAAAAAAGGUAUAAUCUUCGUAAAUGAUAUCAUCAGUAGGACUGGUGGAGUUAUGUCGCACAUGCAGCUAACAAAAACAUAUGGAAAUGUCUGCUCUACCCAAAAUUACAACCAAAUAAUUGCAGCCUUACCGCAAAAGUGGAAGAGGAAAGUGGAAGGGGGAGAAAGUAAGGAACUUGUCUGUCGGCCUUGCAUUAAAGAACAUAAUUGGUUAAGGAAAACUGCGAUAAAUAAAAAAGUAUAUCAGUUUCACUUAAGGACCAAAGGAUUGACAGCCGUCCCAUAUAGAUUGCAAAAUAGUUGGGAAGAGAUCUUUGACGUACCGAUCCCAUGGCAUAGUGUUUAUGAACUGACACGCAAAACGACACCGGAUUCAAAAAUUAGAAUCUUUCAAUUUAAAUUAUUAUAUAACAUUCUUGCUACCAAUAGAGGAAAAAAAGUAUUUAGUCAGCCACCAAUUGUGCAAGUUCUCCGACUUAAAAAGAUGAGAGAGGCCUGCAAUUUUCAUCAUAGGUACACGUCAACUAUGACAGACAAAUUGAGAAAAAAAAAUGCAGAAAAUCACAUUGUAGGAUUUUUUAUGAAUUUAUUUGCAAAUUAUGGUGGAAAAUAAGUAUUUGGUCACCUACAAACAAGCAAGAUUUCUGGCUCUCACAGACCUGUAACUUCUUCUUUAAGAGGCUCCUCUGUCCUCCACUCGUUACCUGUAUUAAUGGCACCUGUUUGAACUUGUUAUCACUAUAAAAGACACCUGUCCACAACCUCAAACAGUCACAUUCCAAACUCCACUAUGGCCAAGACCAAAGAGCUGUCAAAGGACACCAGAAACAAAAUUGUAGAUCUGCACCAGGCUGGGAAGACUGAAUCUGCAAUAGGUAAGCAGCUUGGUUUGAAGAAAUCAACUGUGGGAGCAAUUAUUAGGAAAUGGAAGACAUACAAGACCACUGAUAAUCUCCCUCGAUCUGGGGCUCCACGCAAGAUCUCACCCCGUGGGGUCAAAAUGAUCACAAGAACGGUGAGCAAAAAUCCCAGAACCACACGGGGGGACCUAGUGAAUGACCUGCAGAGAGCUGGGACCAAAGUAACAAAGCCUACCAUCAGUAACACACUACGCCGCCAGGGACUCAAAUCCUGCAGUGCCAGACGUGUCCCCCUGCUUAAGCCAGUACAUGUCCAGGCCCGUCUGAAGUUUGCUAGAGUGCAUUUGGAUGAUCCAGAAGAGGAUUGGGAGAAUGUCAUAUGGUCAGAUGAAACCAAAAUAGAACUUUUUGGUAAAAACUCAACUCGUCGUGUUUGGAGGACAAAGAAUGCUGAGUUGCAUCCAAAGAACACCAUACCUACUGUGAAGCAUGGGGGUGGAAACAUCAUGCUUUGGGGCUGUUUUUCUGCAAAGGGACCAGGACGACUGAUCCGUGUAAAGGAAAGAAUGAAUGGGGCCAUGUAUCGUGGGAUUUUGAGUGAAAACCUCCUUCCAUCAGCAAGGGCAUUGAAGAUGAAACGUGGCUGGGUCUUUCAGCAUGACAAUGAUCCCAAACACACCGCCCGGGCAACGAAGGAGUGGCUUCGUAAGAAGUAUUUCAAGGUCCUGGAGUGGCCUAGCCAGUCUCCAGAUCUCAACCCCAUAGAAAAUCUUUGGAGGGAGUUGAAAGUCCGUGUUGCCCGGCGACAGCCCCAAAACAUCACUGCUCUAGUGGAGAUCUGCAUGGAGGAAUGGGCCAAAAUACCAGCAACAGUGUGUGAAAACCUUGUGAAGACUUACAGAAAACGUUUGACCUGUGUCAUUGCCAACAAAGGGUAUAUAACAAAGUAUUGAGAAACUUUUGUUAUUGACCAAAUACUUAUUUUCCACCAUAAUUUGCAAAUAAAUUCAUUAAAAAAUCCUACAAUGUGAUUUUCUGGAUUUUUUCUUCUCAUUUUGUCUGUCAUAGUUGACGUGUACCUAUGAUGAAAAUUACAGCCCUCUCUCAUCUUUUUAAGUGGGAGAACUUGCACAAUUGGUGGCUGACUAAAUACUUUUUUCCCCCACUGUAUAUGGGGGAUACAAUCUUCCCAGCUCUGCAGAUUUUGCUGUGAAGAGACAGAAUCAUUAGAUCAUUUGUUUUGGUUCUGUCCAUUUGUAGCUUGUUUUUGGACACAGGUCCAGGAAUGGCUAAAGGAUUGCAAUAUUUACCUGGAACUAACCUUGCAGAUAGCAUUACUGGGUGAUCUGAAAAGUCAUAGUAAAUCAAUCAAUAAUAUAAUAAUACUUUUAGCAAAAAUGUUUAUUUUUAAUUCACAAUCUGUAGAAGCAAUGAGAAUAGAAAGGUUCAGAACUUUUGUAAAACAUCACAGUAUGGUUGAAAUAUAUAUGGCAAAUAGAAAUCCUAUAUGGAUGGUGUUAAGAGAUAGAUGGGAGGUAUUGAAUAGAGUUGAAGGAUGGGACUAAUAACAAAUAACAACAAAUAAUAACAAAGAUAGCUAAUAAUGUAAGCAUACUGUGUCCAUAAUAAGUAUAUAGGUUGUAUGUUGGGAGCUUUUGGGAAAGAGCACAGUUAGAAAGAUAUGGCAUAUAGAAGCAAACCGGAUGGACAUCAUGAAAAUGAUCGGAGAGGUUGAGAGUAGAAGAAGUUCAGGAGCAAAAAAUAAAUAAAUAAAUAAAUAAAAUAUAUAUAUAAUAGAAUUAUUGUAAAAUUAACUCUGUCCAUAAGGUGUAGAUAGUAAGUAUAGACCGGAAGUAGAGGCCUGGGCAUUGUUGUUCACUAAUUUACUCCAAGCAGGGAUUGGAUGGUGGGGUUGAAAAGUAAUAUAGGGGAGUAUAUAUAUAUAUAAAUAUAUUUAAAAAAUCAUGGGGGAUUGGAAGUGAUGCAGACAAUUACAUUGAUAGAAGAUACAAUCUAUCUGCAAUAUUAAGCUGAUCCAUUCCCCCCGAAAAAAAUAAAUAAAAUGUUUUAAAAUAAUAAACUACUUAAAAAAAUAAAAAAAAAUAAAAAAAUUCACCUAAAUAAAACCUAAAAUGAUGAAACCAAUCAAAUCACUACGAAUUUAGGAGUACUUUUGGCAUGGCGGGAUUACCGACCGAGCAUGCAGGACACAUGCCCAGGGGCUCCGAUUGGGGUCCUCAUAGAUUUUUUAAAUAAUGUUUGACCAUAAGAACACAGAAUUAGACAUGGCAAAAAUCGUAGAAUUGGAGGAAAUUUUGCUUUUACACUUCAACAUUUUCUGUCAGCUCCAUGGCAAAAUGUGUACAAUUGCACAAAAAAAAUCGCUUUCAAAUUGCAAAAUGUCCUCUCAGCUCCAUGGAAAAAUGUAUAGAAUUACAGUUAAGUAGCCUCUUUUUGAUCCAUAAAAAAGCUUGCUUAUUACUAAAAGCACACCUGCCUGAUAAUAUGGUAUGGUGCCAUAGGCUAUGGAUUUUUUUAAAUCAAUAUGUGGGGGUUAUAGAUGGAUGGCGUCGGCAACAUUUGAUUUUAAUUAAUUUUGUAGUAGAAUGUCCUUAACUCUUUACACUGGGAAUUAGCCUAUAUGGAUAGGGCUACAUUUAAAUGUUUCUUACAGAAGAAAUCCAAAAACGGUCCAUUAUAAAUCACAAUAUGGAUCAGGUGGGCAUCAUUUGAAAGUCUGUUCUAUUGCUAACAUAACUAGCUAAGUUAUAAAAUACAAUAUUACAGUGUUAGGCUUUUACAAUGCAAUUCAGGGAAACAGGUCAUCAUUUUUGUGUGCAUUAAAGGAGUCAUGAUUGCUUUCAGGUGCGUGUGCCGCGGUGAAUUUUCUUCACAAUAUACAAACAUAGGCUCAUUCUGUUCAGAACAGCCAAGGGUAUGACGCCAUGUCAUCUUGUAACUGUACAUCAAACAUAGUGAUCAUAAACGUUGACACUAAUGACAUUAGUUUUAUGAUAUGGAAAUGUGAAGUGCACAUUUGGACUCACAGAUGUUUGGCUUGCUUGUAUGACAUCAAAGCGGUAUUUAUUAUUAUCCUCAACGUUUUAUCUUUCAAAAUACAUAGACUCCUCUUAAUUUACAACAUUUUCCUCACUCAGACAUUUAAAAAAUGUCCCAAUUAGCGGGAAGGAUGGGGGCAACUUCUUGUCGCGCAAGGUGCUCAAGGUCAGAACGGCUGUCAGUCAAAACCCAUACAGCACUGUGAAGCGCAGAGGCAGAGCUCUGAUGUUAUGUAUGGCAUGUUACUGUACAGACACUGCGUUCCAACUUAGGCGUUUAUCAGUGCCCAAUCUGUCAUUUUCAACUUGUAUACGGGUAUGAGUGUAAAGAGUUAAAAACUCACCGGAAUUGACCUCACAGUCCUUCCCCCCUUCCGCAACCAUUGCCACAGCUGCUAACAAAAAAUCUAGGGGAAACACUGCACAGCCUUUUAACAAUUUGCUUGAAUCAUUUUUGUGACGUUACGGGAUGAUUUGGGUCAUUGUGGGUUUGUGCUCUCCUACUCACAGAGGCCUUGGUAUAGCUGUAGAUUUAUGGUUAGAACACUGCUCCUUAUCUGAUCAAUCUUGUCCAUGACGCAUUCUGACUACUACAGAAAAUGUUCACUACUAAAGGAAAUGUUCACUUCUACAGGAAAUCAUAUGUAUUUCUGUUAUGAGUUUUGAAAUGUUCGCAAUGUUUGAUGGUUGCAGUGACUUAUUUUCCCUUUCUUCUUCACAAUGGUUGAUGCAGCUUUCCUGCUUGGGUUCAGAGGGUUCACUGUAAACCCACUUUUGUGAGCAGUAGGUGGCACCAUUUGUCUGUGAAUGUGAAUAAGAUGCUUAAUGCAGUGCAUGUAGAGCAGAGAUGGGCAACCCUUUUGUAGGCCUGCGGACCAAUUCAUAAGAAAUAUUUUUUUAGAAGCUCAGUGGGGGUUUCAACUUACUGUUGACAGUUAGAAUAAUAGAAUACACAAUGUGCAAUUUCGAAAUUUCGUUGUCGGUAUGCAGGCCCACGAGCCACUGCGGACCCUCAAGAUGAGUUCUGUUUUUGUGUGCCCCCCCCAUCAGUUGCCCAUCCCUGAUGUAGAGGUACUCUCUCCUUUAGGAGGUAACACCAUUGGACUCAGUUAUAUAAGUCCUAUAGGAUGGCGUUUGCAACGCCAGGGUUGUGGGUUUGAUUCCCACGGGGGGCCAGUAUGAAAAUGUAUGCACUCACUAACUGUAAGUUGCUCUGGAUAAGAGCGUCUGCUAAAUGACUAAACAUGUAAAUGUAAGAGUCAGUGAGAGGUCAUGAUGUCACAGGGAUUCCUAUCUAAACCAGAGCUUCCUGUGGACAUUGUACAAAACAAGACGCUUCCUAGGGACAUAAAAGGCUCUGCUUAUGAGGCGUCUUCCUGUGUCUGAUAUAGUGGCGUGAGAUGAGACAGAGGGCUCUGUUCUAGAAAGCAAUGUAUUUUCUAGUCAUUUUAGUCAUUAUGUCUGAAAUGUACAGAAUGUGGCGCUCUCCGGAUCACGAUGGUGAUUCUGUAUGUUAUCCCAAUAGUGUAUAGUACCAUCAGCACCCAGCAGAGGGAGAUAGGACUCUUCAGCGCUGACUCUGAUGCUGACUCACUCAGACAGUGAAGAGGAGGAUCUCCUGUUCACUGACAUUGGCAAUUUCUGCACUUGUCUCCUUUGUGUUUGUGUCCCAGUGAGACUGUGAGCGAUUCACCCAGCUGCUUAGAAAGUACUGCUCUUAAAAACAAUAGAGUUGUGAAUGCACCUCAAAACCAGAGGGUAGGCAGAGAAGCAGUGAUGACUGUAGUUCUCCCGGUGUGUGUAUGUGUGUGUGCGUGACUGCGUGUGUGUGUGUGUUCAGUCUCAGCUCAGACACAUGACUCAGCACUCCUGCUUCUGGACCAUCUGCUCCAGCAACAAAGCCUUUAUUUACAGAGCCAAUCCCCUCUUUACCCACCCUCUCAACCCAUCAACCCAUACAGCGGGCACAGCUCUCACAGCAGGGGCCUGGGGUGGAGGGGUGCCAGGGCACAAGGGAGGAGGGGAUGGAGGAAGGGGGGAGAAAGGAGGAGGGAGAGAGGCACUGGUACUUGCUGAGGCAUGGUUCCCCACUAGCUGGAUCUCUGACACAACAGUCUCCACUCCCAGGGGGUUUAGGUCCCAGAAUAAACACACCCUAUGCACACUUCUAUGUCUUUGUCCUGUACCUGAGCCCAUCAGCAACUACGAUGAAAGUGGUGAUGAUGAUGAGGAUUAUGAAGACUAUGAGUGAUUGCCCUCUUGUCACAGCAUCUAGAGGAGUUGUUUUGUUUGUUUGUGACAUCCUCCUCUAUCAUGGAUGCGAUUGUAUCAUGUGUUUUCUAAUGUCAACCACGGCUGAUGUGUCAGUAUACCACAUUAAUCCAGUUUUAAUGGGCCUGGGUGAUGGAUGACUGGGACUUGGGGAAAUCAAGCUAAGCUGUAAAUAGUUUUGACGAGAGCUCAUUUCAUUUGACGAGAGUCAUCCACCAUUAAAUUGCAUUCAGUAAUGGCUGUUGUCAUUAAGUAAUUAUGGGAAGCUUAGAAAAUUGCUGUGAUUAACAGUAAAUCAACAGCAACAAAGUUAUUAUUAUAUUAUAUUCCAAUUCGAACACAUUUGUGUUUAGAUAAAAGCAACCACGUGCACUGGGGCGCCGACCUCCAGCCCCCGCCCCCCAGAUAGCAUAUGCACACAUCAUAAGCAAUGUGAAAAUGUGUAGAAUAGCAGGAAAUUAGCUUUAAAACUGCAAAAGUUUCUCUCAGCCUCAUGGCAAAAUGUGAAGAAUAGCAUGAGAUGAGCUAUAAAAUAGCACAUUUUUCUCUCUGCCCCAAAGGCAAAAUGUGCAGAAUUGCAGGAAAUGUGCUUCAAAACUGCAAAAUGUUCUGUAAGCCUCAUGAAAAAAAUGUGUAGAAUAGAAUUAUAAAACUGCUAAUUUUCUCUAGGGAACAGAGGUACGGUAGGUGCCCCAGGGCCCCAAAUGUGGUAGUCCAGCUAUGUGUGUGUGUGUGUGUGUGUUUUAUGACUAUCACUAUAAUGUCAGUUAAACCUCCAGAAAACGCUAGCUGUUCUUGGGAUUAUAAAAAUACUAUAGUGUUUUUCUAAGCAGUGUGAUUUACCAUGUCUUUCAGAAAUAACCCAGAGGAUUAGCUAAAUAAAAUAUCAAUUCUGUAGUUUUCUAUAUCCAGCCUCGUAGGAUUUUCUAAAUUACACGUUGUAGAAUGGUUUGCAUAGCUUAUACACAUUUUUCCCAGAAAAGCCCCUGAAAUUAAGUUUUACUGUUGACCAAAACAGCUCAAAUUAACGACAACACUGUCUCAGAGCACGCCAACCAAGAUCUGUAGUAUCUUUCCACUCAGUCAUAUCACUGCUGGACUAUUGUCUAGUUAGAAAUCUAAACGACUAUCACAUUCAGAGUCAUCCAGACACCCACACAGUACACAGUCAUUUAAAUUCAUUCAGAGAAACAAAUGAACAGACUCCUUUACACACACAGUGACACUCACAUUUCCUCUGAAACAGACACGCAAGCACACACACACACACACACACACACACACACACACACACACACACACACACACACACACACACACACACACACACACACACACACACACACACACGCUAAAUAUGUGUGAGUAUUCAGACCCCUCUAGCGACACAUUUUCAAAAAAGUGACUAGCGACAAACCUAGCGACAUUUUCUGGUGUUAUUGGAGACUUUUGGAGACUCUGACGUGAAAGCACGUAUCGUUCUUAAUCUUCAUCCCUUAGCAGAAAAACACCCCCAAAGCAUAAUGUUUCCACCUCCAUGUUUGACGGUGGGGAUGGUGUUCUUGGGGUCAUAGGCAGCAUUCCUCCUCCUCCAAACACGGCGAGUUGAGUUGAUGCCAAAGAGCUCGAUUUUGGUCUCAUCUGACGACAACACUUUCACCCAAUUCUCCUCUGAAUCAUUCAGAUGUUCAUUGGCAAACGUCAGACGGGCCUGUAUAUGUGCUUUCUUGAGCAGGGGGACCUUGCGGGCGCUGCAGGAUUUCAGUCCUUCACGGCAUAGUGUGUUACCAAUAGUUUUCUUGGUGACUAUGGUCCCAGCUGCCUUGAGAUCAUUGACAAGAUCCUCCCGUGUAGUUAUGGGCUGAUUCCUCACCGUUCUCAUGAUCACAACGAGCAGCGGGUACUGCCGUGGACCCCACCCCCGUCCCAAAGCGCUCACAGGCGGCCCAGUCCUCGCGCAGCAGUCCCUCCCAGCUGCAGUCAGAGCAGGAGAUGUUCAUCCCUCCGUAUCCAGACUGCAAAUGAAUCGCGCAUGCGGGAAGCUGCCGCUGGCUGAUCCCGCCCUGACUUACAUUCAAGGCGGGAUGUACAGUGAGGGAAAAAAGUAUUUGAUCCCCUGCUGAUUUUGUACGUUUGCCCACUGACAAAGAAAUGAUCAGUCUAUAAUUUUAAUGGUAGGUUUAUUUUAACAGUGAGAGACAGAAUAACAACAACAAAAAAACAGAAAAACACAUGUCAAAAAUGUUAUAAAUUGAUUUGCAUUUUAAUGAGGGAAAUAAGUAUUUGACCCCCUCUCAAUCAGAAAGAUUUCUGGCUCCCAGGGGUCUUUUAUACAGGUAACGAGCUGAGAUUAGGAGCACACUCUUAAAGGGAGUGCUCCUAAUCUCAGUUUGUUACCUGUAUAAAAGACACCUGUCCACAGAAGCAAUCAAUCAAUCAGAUUCCAAACUCUCCACCAUGGCCAAGACCAAAGAGCUCUCCAAGGAUGUCAGGGACAAGAUUGUAGACCUACACAAGGCUGGAAUGGGCUACAAGACCAUCGCCAAGCAGCUUGGUGAGAAGGUGACAGCAGUUGGUGCGAUUAUUCGCAAAUGGAAGAAACACAAAAUAACUUUCAAUCUCCCUCGGCCUGGGGCUCCAUGCAAGAUCUCACCUUGUGGAGUUGCAACACAGGACAACAAAGGGACGAUGGACGGGGCCAUGUACCAUCAAAUCUUGGGUGAGAACCUCCUUCCCUCAGCCAGGGCAUUGAAAAUGGGUCGUGGAUGGGUAUUCCAGCAUGACAAUGACCCAAAACACACGGCCAAGGCAACAAAGGAGUGGCUCAAGAAGAAGCAAAUUAAGGUCCUGGAGUGGCCUAGCCAGACUCCAGACCUUAAUCCCAUAGAAUAUCUGUGGAGGGAGCUGAAGGUUUGAGUUGCCAAACGUCAGGCUCGAAACCUUAAUGAGUUGGAGAAGAUCUGCAAACCUGGUGGCUAACUACAAGAAACGUCUGACCUCUGUGAUUGCCAACAAGGGUUUUGCCACCAAGUAUUAAGUCAUGUUUUGCAGAGGGGUCAAAUACUUAUUUCCCUCAUUAAAAUGCAAAUCAAUUUAUAACAUUUUUGACAUGCGUUUUUCUGGAUUGUUUUGUUGUUAUUCUGUCUCUCACUGUUCAAAUAAACCUACCAUUAAAAUUAUAAACUGAUCAUGUCUUUGUCAGUGGGCAAACGUACAAAAUCAGCAGGGGAUCAAAUACUUUUUUCCCUCACUGUAAAUGUAAAACAUUUUUAAAAAAUAAGAAUCUACAGAAGAAAGUUCAUUUGUAGUUCUAAAAAUAUUUAGGUUUUUUUAAACUCACUUUUUGUCUCUCCCUCGACGUUAUUCCUCUCUCCUACAGCGUCCAUCACAAUUACAUGCACAUGGCCAAUUAUGCAAAUUAGAUGAUGACGUCAUUUAGCGACUUCUAGCGACUUUUAGGACAGCCAAUUGCUACUUUCCUUACUGAGGAGUUGGCAACACUGCACACACGUGAGCACACACUAGAGGUUGACAUGGGAACAGGACUCCCGUGGGUCUUGCGGAUCCCGUGGGAUUCUGUCAGGAAUGGGAGUCAACUUCUAGAGUCAAGUUCGGGACAGGACGGGACAGGAUCAACAGUCUAGGAAUGGGCAGUACAGGAAAAGUUAUAAACUGAGCUUUUUUGGCGGAAAUAUGUCGUGUGGAGCAUUUAAUAAAAAUAACAACUGUGUAGGCUAGGCCUAAUAUAGUUUACUUAAUAAGAAAUCAAUAAAAAAAGUAUUGUCAUUUCCCCCCUCCCCAGCUCACUUUCGCGCCUUGCUCAAGUUGUUGCCAGUCACUAGGCUACCUCAGAUGCCAACCUAGUCGGCUAAAUGAUGAAGCCUUCAAUAGAAGAAUUGCAAUGUGUUGUUGCAGCCAAGGACCCAUCACUAAAUUUGAUGGAGUUGUCUUUGACAACGAAUGAACCGAGUACACGGCUUGUUAAAAAUGCUGCUGUUUAAUCAAAUAGGCUGCCAACCAGAGAGAGGGACAAGCUGCCUGAAGCGGCAUUUCUGCUCUACUCCUAACAACUUAACCUUCCAGACCAAUUGUUUGCGUAUUUAACUAAACCCGUGCCAACUGAGGUGAAGAGUGAAAUAAAAAUAGAUUGACUUAUGCAGUACUGCCGCUCAGUUUUAUUUAAUUUUUUAUGUUCAUGUUGUAAAUGUUAAUGUGUUGUAAAUGUUCAUAGGUGGUCAGCUGUAGGCUACAGAUUUCUGCCGGUCCUGUGCUGAGCAGACCAUCCUGCUGGGGUCUCUGAGCAGACCAUCUUGCUGGGGUCUCUGUCCUCAUCCUCCAGCCUUAAUCAUUCUGCAUUUAGCUCAUUUAGAAUACGCUCUAAUCCAGAGCGAUUUAAAGUUUACAGUCAGUGCGUUUAACUAAAAUAGGUAAUACAACCACAUACGGUAUCACAGUCGCAUAUUGCAUUACUGAAAUUAUUUUAAAUACUUCCUAAACAAACACAAUAGCCUACAUAUUUCUGCGCGCAGAAAUGAGCACAGGACGGGACAGGAGUGAAUUUUAUUGGGAAGGGACAGGAAAGCUCUGGGGUUAUAGAAGUGUUGUGGGAUAAGGACAUUACAGGAAAAAAAAUCGAAACACAUUUUCACUCCCGUGUCAACCUCUAGCACACACACACCAGUUGUUGUCCAGUCCCAGCCCAGAGACUCAGUGUAACUGGUGGCAUUGCAAUAGUGUUGUGGCUCUGUGGCUAAUAUAGUAUAUCUGUCUGUGGUACAGUAUGGGCUGCUCCCUCUCUACUCACCUGCCUCUCUACUCAUUUUAAAUUCCAGAGAGAAUUACAAUUAGUGCAUUCAUCUUAGGAUAACUAGGUGAGACAACUACAUAUCAAAGUCGUAAUACAUUUUCCCUCAAUAAAGUAGCUAUCAGCAAAGUCAGUGCUAGUUGGAAAUACUCUUUGAAGGGGUAGGGUUUCAGACGUUUUUGGAAGAUGAGCAGGGACGCCGCUGUCCUGAUGUUAGGGGGAAGCUUGUUCCACCAUUGGGAUGCCAGGACAGAGUAGAGCUUUGACUGGGUUGAGCAGGAGCUGAUCCCCCCGUAGGGGUUGGAGGGCCAAGAGACCAGAGGUGGCAGAACGGAGUGCUCAGGUUGGGGUGUAGGGUUUGAGCAUAGCCUGAAGGUAGGGUGGGGCAGUUCACCUUGCUGCUCUGUAGGCAAGCAUCAUAAUAAUAAUAAUAAUAAUAUGCCAUUUAGCAGACGCUUUUAUCCAAAGCGACUUACAGUCAUGCGUGCAUACAUUUUCUUUUGUGUAUGGGUGGUCUUGUUGUGGAUGCGAGCUUAGAAUGGAAGCCAGUAGAGUGUGCGGGGUGACAUGGGAGUAUUUGGGAAGGUUGAACACCAGGACGUUCUUAAUAAGUUGCAAGGGUUUGAUGGCACAAGCAGGGAGCCCAGUCAGCAGAGAGUUGCAGUAGUCUACAGUGCAUUCGUAAAGUAUUCAGACCCCUUCCCCUUUUCCACAUUUUGUUACGUUACAGCCUUAUUCUAAAGUGGAUUAAAUAAAAAAUGUUCCUCAUCAAUCUACACACAAUACCCCAUAAUGACAAAGAGAAAACAGGUUUUCAGAAAUUUAUGCCAAACCAAUUUAGAAUAGAAAUAUGAAAAAGUCAAGGUUUCUGAAUACUUUUCAAAUGCACUGUAGACGGGAGAGGACAAGUGCCUGGACUAGGACCUGUGCCGCUUCCUGUGUGAGGAAGGGUCGUACUCUACGGAUGUUGUAGAGAAUGAACCUGCAGGAGCGAGUCACUGCUUUGAUGUUUGCAGAGAAUGACAGGGUGUUGUCCAGGGUCACGCCAAGGUUCUUUGCACUCUGGGAGGGGUACACCGUGGAGUUGUAAAUCGUGAUGGAGAGAUCUUAGAGCGGUAGGCCUUCCCCGGGAGGAAGAGCAGCUCUAUCUUGUUGAGGUUGAGCUUGAGGUGGUAGGCCGACAUCCAAGCUGAGAUGUCUCCUGAGUGGCGCAGUUGUCUAAGGCACUGCAUCGCAGUGCUAACUGUGCCACUAGAGAUCCUGGUUCGAAUCCAGGCUCUGUCACAGCCGGCCGCGACCGGGAGACUCAUGGGCGGCGCACAAUUGGCCCAGCGUCGUCCAGGGUAGGGGAGGGAAUGGCCGGCAGGGAUGUAGCUCAGUUGAUAGAGCAUGGCGUUUGCAAUGCCAGGGUUGUGGGUUUGUUUCCCACGGGGGGCCAGUAUAAAAAAAUAUGUAUUCACUAACUGUAAGUCGCUCUGGAUAAGAGUGUCUGCUAAAUGACUAAAAUGUAAUGUAAAUGUAAUGUCUGCCAGGCACGCAGAGAUGCCUGUCGCCACUUGGGUGUCAGAAUGGGAGAAGGAGAAAAGUGGUUGAGUGUCAUCUGCAUAGCAAUGAUAGGAGAGACCAUGUGAGGAUAUGACGGAGCCGAGUGACUUGGUGUAUAGAGAAAAGAGGAGAGGGCCUAGAACCGGGCCCUGGGAGACACCAGUAUUGAGAGCACCUGGUGCAGACUCAGAUCCUCUCCACGUCACCUGGUAAGAGCAACCUGCCAGGUAGGAUGCAAUCCAAGAGUGUGCAUAGCCUGAGACGCCCAGCCCUGAGAGGGUGGAGAGGAGGAUCUGAUGGUUUAUGGUGUUGAAGACAGCGGAUAGAUCUAGGAGGAGGACAAGAGAGGAGAGUCAGCUUUGGCAGAGCGGAGAGCCUCCCUGACACAGAGAAGAGUGGUCUCAGUUGAGUGAGCUGUCUUGAAACCUGACUGGUAUGGGUCAAGAAGUUAGUUCUGAGAGAGAUAACGAGAGAGUUAGUCAUAGACAGCACAUGCAAGUGUUUUGGAAAGAAAAGAAAGAAGGGAUACCGGUCUGUAGUUUUUGACCUGAGAGGGGUCGAGUGUUGGUUUCUUGAGGAGGAGAGCGACUCUGGCCAUCUUGAAGUCAGAGGGGACGCAGCCAGUAGUUAGGGAUGUGUUGAUGAGGGAAGUGAGGAACGUGAGAGACAUGGUCUGGAGAAGGGAGGAGGGGAUGGGGUCGAGUGGGCAGGUUUUCAUUUGGAGAGAGAGGGGAGAAACAGGUCAAGGCGUAGGGUAGUUCUGUGAGAGUGGGACCAGUGGAGUCAAUAGGCUGAGUGAAGGAGGAGCGGAUAUCAUCUACCUUCUUUUCAAAGUGGUUGACAAAGUCGUCCGCGGAGAGGGAGGUGGAGGACUAAGGAGAGAGGAGAAGGUGGAGAUGGUUAAUUUAGAAUGAUAGAAAGUGACUUUAACAGCUGAUACAGAGGAAGAUACGGUAGAGAGGAGGGGCUGAAAGGAUGAUAGGUCCUCCGGAAGUUUAGUUUCCAUCAAUUUUUGCUCAGCUGGCCGCAGCCCUAUUCUGUGAGCUCACAGUGAGUCACUUAACUACGGAGCAGGAGGGGAGGGCCGGCCGGGAGGGAAGGGGAAAGUGAGAGUCAUAGGAUGCAGAAAGGGAGGAGAGUAUGGUCGGAGAGGCAGAAUCAGGAGAGAAAAUGAUUUAGCAGAAUGUAGAGAUGAUAGGAUAGAAGAGAGUAGUGGGAGAGAGAGAGCGAAGAUUGCGAUGCGCAUGGCCAUCUGGGUAGGGGCUGAGUGUGUAAGGGUUGGAGGAGCAAGGGAGAGAAAAGUAAACAAAGUAGUGCUCAGAGACAUGGAGGGGGUUGCACUGACGUUAGUAGGCGAACAGCGGUCAAGCGCAUCGUUUGCCUUGGUGUGUCAAAGGUGGCUGAGGAAACCCAUGGGCGUCCAUCUAUUCUCUGGUGUCAAGAACUGCUGCUUUGUUUGUUGCCUGUGUGCAGUAGUGCCACACCAAGAUCAGGUUCAAACCUCUUUAUAAACCUACCUGUCACCUAACUUCACAAUAUUUUUCAAUGUCACUUCAUCCAUUGACACAUUGAAAUAUAUCUUUACUUCAAUUUGAAGUAAUUGGCCAGUAUUUCCUUUGAGCUGCGUAAUAUAGUUACUGGCUUUUAUAGUUACUUAAUCUAGUCUUUGGAUCCUAACAUACUGAAAAUCAGUAUUAGUUACAGCAAUAUAAAUCUGACAUGACUGUGCUGGUCUGGUCAGGUGUUUCACGGCCCUGGCGGUGGUGGCAAUUUCAUGGUUAAUGUGUGCCACAGCUGCUCUGGGGGCUAUUGCCCAACCAAACGGUAGUAGGCCUCAAUGGAAAACAAGACAUAAAAGUGCUUCAUUCAAUUUCUUAAUUCAUCCGUUGAUUCAUUCAUUCAUUCAUUGCUGCUCAGUACAGGUUAGAGUCUGCAGCUUAGGAAAACAUAUUGUGAUUUACUCCUGUAGUCCCAUCAAAGUUGCAUGCCAGAGAGAUGUGAAAAUAAGAACACUGGGUUAGUGUUUCAGAGUGUGUGUGCGCAUGUGUGUGUGUGUGUGUGAGAUAAUAUGUGUGUGUGUGUGUGUUUAUAACUGCUGAAUCACACUUGCAACAAUCUCAAUCUCACACCGCAGUCAUCUGAGGCAUGUGGCUGAGUGUUUCUCCCAGCCUCUCCUUAACUGGACAGACCCCAGACAGGAAUGGGCACGUUGUUAACACCAAACACAACAGCCUCUCACUGUGAAAGAAAGCCACACAGCCAGUCCCCCUCAGAGGAAGGAAAUCAUGCUAGACCAGAGUGGGGUUAGUCAGUGUGUAACCCUUCAGACUCACUGCUGCCACAGGAGUCCAAACCUAACCAAGCCAGACUAGACCAGACCAGACCUGACAGUUUUAACAAACCAGAGCUGAGUAGAUCCUAGCUCAUGCAGUAGUUCAUUCAUUUAUCCGUCCAAGUUCAUACCGUUAACAUAAACAGGGAAUGGACAGGGAAUGGUCUUGAACUGUAUAGACAUCUUGAUUUUCCACAUCAGUCUGUCAAAGGGAAAAGAGGGGAAACCACAGAUAGUAAUCAUGUUGCUGUAUACAUCAAAAUAGUAUGUAUGAUGUCAUCUGGCUGUAUCUUAACUCCCCAUACUCUUCAUCAGCUUCUCUCUCUCUCUCUCUCUCUCUCUCUCCUCUCUCUCUCUCCUCUCUCUCUCUCUCUCCUCUGCCCUCGUCUCUCUCUCUCUCUCUCUCCUCUCUCUCUCUCUCUCUCUCUCUCAUCUCCCCUCUUCUCAUCUCUCUCUACCCCGUGUCAUCACUCCUCGUCUCUCUCAGUUUGGCUCCGCUGUAGGUAUGUGUCCCCUACUACAGUAACAGCAGGCAGCAGCAGGCCAGUGAGUUGUAUUAUGAGUGGUGGUUGUGGAAGUGACCAUGAAUGGGCUGUGACUAAUGUGUUACCCUGACCCCUGACCAGAGAGCAGAGACCUGCAGACGACCAUGCUGCUGCUGGGGCUGUGGUUAGGUUACAGUCAAUUAACGGUAAGCCCAUUAGGGGUCUGCUCUCUGGUUUGGGAUUAAACUGCUGCUCCGCUGUUUACACUUGGCACCAUAGCCCACAAGCCAGUUACACUGUUGGCACCAUAGCCCACAAGCCAAGGGAAAGCCAAUAGGUUGCCAAAGUGGGCACACUACACUGUGCCAUGCGUCAAAGCCAUACCUUGAUGUUUGAAGUCCAAGUGAAAAGGACUGGAGUGUUGUGUUAAGAAUAAGAUGUCAGGGUUAAAAGUCUGGUUGUAAAUUAGUUGGCAGAAUGAGUGAGUGAAUAUCGUUUCCUGUCAGAAAUGUGCCUGUCAUUUGCCACAGGCUGCCCUUGGCAGCUGUAGAACAUUGUGGAAUAUAACAGUGGAAUAUUGAUUGAGUAUUCAAGAAGACAAGAGCGACAAAUCUAUGGCAGUGGAUAUGCGUUUUAUGCUUAUCCACACUGGCUCUUCAUCCAGUAGAGGAACACACUGGCUCUUCAUCCAGUAGAGGAACACACUGGCUCUUUAUCCAGUAGAGGAACACACUGGCUCUUCAUCCAGUAGAGGAACACACUGGCUCUUUAUCCAGUAGAGGAACACACUGGCUCUUCAUCCAGUAGAGGAACACACUGGCUCUUUAUCCAGUAGAGGAACACACUGGCUCUUUAUCCAGUAGAGGAACACACUGGCUCUUUAUCCAGUAGAGGAACACACUGGCUCUUUAUCCAGUAGAGGAACACACUGGCUCUGUAUCCAGUAGAGGAACACACUGGCUCUUCAUCCAGUAGAGGAACACACUGGCUCUUUAUCCAGUAGAGGAACACACUGGCUCUUUAUCCAGUAGAGGAACACACUGGCUCUUUAUCCAGUAGAGGAACACACUGGCUCUUUAUCCAGUAGAGGAACACACUGGCUCUUUAUCCAGUAGAGGAACACACUGGCUCUUUAUCCAGUAGAGGAACACACUGGCUCUUUAUCCAGUAGAGGAACACACUGGCUCUUUAUCCAGUAGAGGAACACACUGGCUCUUUAUCCAGUAGAGGAACACACUGGCUCUUUAUCCAGUAGAGGAACACACUGGCUCUUUAUCCAGUAGAGGAACACACUGGCUCUUUAUCCAGUAGAGGAACACACUGGCUCUUUAUCCAGUAGAGGAACACACUGGCUCUUUAUCCAGUAGAGGAACACACUGGCUCUUUAUCCAGUAGAGGAACACACUGGCUCUUUAUCCAGUAGAGGAACACACUGGCUCUUUAUCCAGUAGAGGAACACACUGGCUCUUUAUCCAGUAGAGGAACACACUGGCUCUUUAUCCAGUAGAGGAACACACUGGCUCUUUAUCCAGUAGAGGAACCACACUGGCUCUUUAUCCAGUAGAGGAACACACUGGCUCUUUAUCCAGUAGAGGAACACACUGGCUCUUCAUCCAGUAGAGGAACACACUGGCUCUUUAUCCAAUGUCAGUCAUUUACCACCAGACUUUCACAUCCCCCUUCUGUGGGUUCUCCAUGAUACAAUGUGUUCCACUGGAGAACAUACUGGAACCUAACUUUCUUACUGUCUGUACUGUUUCAUUUAGCACACUGAAUAUGGCCUAUACACAUGUACCUUAGUACAGCCUGCCUUGUAUCUAUGUACUGUAUGUCCUGAUGCACCGCGGCAGGCAGCCCUCUUACUAAUGGCCCUAAGGGGAAAAUUAAGUGGAAGUGAAGCCUCUCUGUGCCCCAUGUCAGAUUUCCUCCCCAUAACAUAACAAUAGCUCCCUGAAGUUGGCGGUUUCCUGGUUUCCUGUCAUGUAAGACGAAUGAAUGACACACCUCAUGGAGAGGCUGUGUGGGGAAUGCCAGGUUUCCAAUCCCUUCCCAAUUGUCUCGAGGUACACACACGCUGGGGAUCCUAAUAUGUUCCCUCCAACAAGGACUGACAGGAGGGUUAAACAGCUGUGUUUCUCUGUGGAGAAGCUGUUUUAUUUGAACACAAACAGUGCUUUAUGUUUAGUUAGAGGUUCAAGCAGCGAAGCUGGGUGAAACCCUAUUGUAUUUGUUGCCGUUAUUAUUCCGGUUCUCUGCGGAUUUGGUGGAAAAAAAUCAAAUUCCCGUGAGAUGGUAAGGCCUAGUAGGGUGCAACUUGCAUGAUGGUAAAGGCUGAUGGGCCACACCCUCUCCUGCCAUGUCAAUUGGCCAGAUGGUGGUGCUAUAACAGGCAAUUGAAAAUGCAAACUUUGAAAGGUCAUGCCUCUCACCCCGUUUGACCUAGAGUCAUGAAAUUUGGUACAUGGGUCCCUCUCCUCACAAGGAACAAAUUAGCUUCAAAGACCCAUAAGAUCCGCCAUGAUGGAUUUUACACCAUUUUGAAUUUUGUGAAAAACACUUAAAACGCUGCUCCUCUGGCAUCGAUUGAUGAUCUGCACAUAACUUGAUAUAUAGCAUAUUUGGACCAAGAUCUCUCAAAGCAAUAUUUUCCAGGCUAGUAUCUCAAACAACAUGGCUGCUACUCACCAAUAAACAUUCACUUGGGCGUGGUCUGGCACAUAAAUGCAUAGAAAUCCAACAUGGUUAUUUGAAUUGUAAUAUAACUUGCUAUACAUGUUCAAGCACAUUAACAUUGACCACACGGUGACCCUAUAACGGGCACAUAUUUAUAUAUCUUGUUCUGUUUGACUCAGAGUCAUGGAAUUUGGCACACAUGCUCAGGGAGGUGAGGCUAGCUAAUCUGUAGAAUAUGGUUCUGUUUGGCCGCAUGGGGGCACUGUUAGACAGGAACAACAAUUAAUGCAAUCUCAUUUGCUUAUAGCAGCCAUAUUGUUUGAGCUAGUCCUAGGGCUAUGUAAAUCCAUUUCAGACUUCCCAAGCGUAGGCAUUCAUUCCAUUGGAAGAGUCAUGAGAAGAGUGACAGAUUUACCCCCUAGUCAUAAAGUAUUAUGUCACUGCCAGCUCAACUCCUAACUGUAGAUCUCCCUCCAGUCCCAAGCCUCUCUCUUUGUGUUUGUGUCCUGUUCACGUUUCCAGUAUCCUCUCUCACCUAAGUGACGUGGAGAAGCUAUAGAGGCUGCAAUCUGCCUGUUUAGGGUUGGGCUCCAGAUUAGCCGUGACUCAGCAAGACAUGAGAAGACUUGGCGGUGUUUGUUUGUGUGUGUGUGUAGGUGUGUGUGUAGUGAAACAGUGACACCGCCUGUGUGUGUGGGAAGGGAAAAGGGGCAUCAUACAAAGAAAGUCUCUCCUGCCCUCUCUGGUCCUUUGGUGUGUGGGUGUGUGUGUGGUGUUUGUGUGUGUGUGUGUGUGUUUGGGGGGUUGGUUUUGUGUUUUUUUGGGGGUUUUCUGCAUAUGUUUUUUGUGUUUUUAGUAAAAAACCUAGACCAGAGAAAAUUAAGUUUUGGCCAACAAGAGACGGGCGGGGUUUUCCAACUCUGUUUAUUUUUUUUUUGGACUUUUUUCGGGAUGUGCCCCCAAACCUAAAAAGGUGGGCCACUGGGGGAAGGGAGAGGCAACCUUUAUAGUUUGGGUUUUCCUGUUUGGUUUUGGGAAAGGUUUUUCCCCCCCCCCAGAAAAUUGGGAGUUAUUUACACACCAUUCUUUUUCUAAUGUAACCUGUUCUUUAAAAACCCCUCGAAUGUUCCCCCACCUCCUUGGAAAGGAAGGAAGGGGAAAAAGGGGGGAGGGGGAAAAAAAACAUAAUAUAAAGAAAGACAGAAGAAAAUAAUAAAAAAAAAAAUUUAAAUAUUUAUUUAUUUUUUUGAAAAAUCCGCCCUUCUCUCUCCUCCUCUCUCUUCCUUUUUCCCCUCUUCUCUCCCUCUCCCUUCUCUCUCCCCUUUUCCUCUCUCUCCUUCUCUCUCUCUCUCCUCCUCUCCUCCUCUCUCUCUCCUCUCUCCCUUCUCUCUCUCCCCCGUUUUUCCUCCUCCUUUUUUCCUCCUCCUCCUUCCCCCUCUCCCUCCUCCUCCCCUUUCUCCCCCAACUUUUUUUCCCUUUUGUUCUUUUACCCCUUUUUAAAAAUUUGUUAAAAAAUUAAUUAUUCACUCCCCAAAAAUCCCCCAAAAUAAAAAAAACCCCCGGUUUUUUUGAAAUUUUUGAAAAUUAUUAAAGAUAAAAAACAGAAAUACCUUAUUUACAUAAGUAUUCAGACCCUUUGCUAUGAGACUUGAAAUUGAGCUCAGGUGCAUCCUGUUUCCAUUGAUCAUCCUUGAGAUGUUUCCACAACUUGAUUGGAGUCCACCUGUGGUAAAUUCAAUUGAUUGGACAUGAUUUGGAAAGGCACACACCUGUCUAUAUAAGGUCCCACAGUUGACAGUGCAUGUCAGAGCAAAAACCAAGCCGUGAGGUCGAAGGAAUUGUCCGUAGAGCUCUGAGACAGGAUUGUGUCGCGGCACAGAUCUGGGGAACAGUACCAAAACAAUUCUGCAGCAUUGAAGGUCCCCAAGAACACAGUGGCCUCCAUCAUUCUUAAAUGAAAGAAGUUUGGAACCACCAAGACUCUUCCUAGAGCUGGCCGCCCGGCCAAACUGAGCAGUCGGGGGAGAAGGAGACUCUUAUCUCCCUCACUAACUUUAAGCAUCAGUUGUCAGAGCACCUUACCGAUCACUGCACCUGUACACAGCCCAUCUGAAAUUAGCCCAGCCAACUACCUCAUCCCCAUAUUGUUAUUUAUUUUGCUCAUUUGCACCCCAGUAUCUCUAUUUGCACAUCAUCUCUUGCACAUCUAUCAUUCCAGUGUUAAUACUAAUUGUAAUUAUUUUGCACUAUAGCCUAUUUAUUGCCUUACCUCCAUAACUUGCUACAUUCACACACACUGUAUAUAUAUUUUCUGUUGUAUUUUUGACUUUAUGUUUUGUUUACCCCAUAUUUAACUCUGUGUUGUUGUUUUUAUCGCACUGCUUUGCUUUAUCUUGGCCAGUUCGCAGUUGUAAAUGAGAACUUGUUCUCAACUGGCUUACCUGGUUAAAUAAAGGUGAAAUAAAAUAAAAUAAAUAAAUAAAGGACCUUGGUCAGGGAGGUGACCAAGAACCAUAUGGUCACUCUAACAGAGCUCCAGAGUUCCUCUGUGGAGAUGGGAGAACCUUCCAGAAGGACAACCAUCUCUGCAGUACUCCACCAAUCAGGCCUUAAUGGUAGAGUAGCCAGACGGAAGGCACUCCUCAGUAAAAGGCACAUGACAGCCCACUUGGAGUUUGCCAAAAGUCGCCUAAAGGACUCUCAGACCAUGUGAAACAAGAUUCUCUGGUCUGAUGAAACCAAGAUUGAACACUUUGGCCUGAAUGCCAAGCGUCACGUCUGGAGGAAACCUGGCACCAUCCCUACGGUAAAGCAUGGUGGUGGCAGUACAUGCCGUGGGGACGUUUUUCAGCGGCAUGGACUGGGAGACUAGUCAGGAUCGAGAGAAAGAUGAACGGAGCAAGGUACAGAGAGAUCCUUGAUGAAAACCUGCUCCAGAGCACUCAGGACCUCAGACUGGGGAUGAAUGUUCACCUUCCAACAGGACAACGACCCUAAGCACACAGCCAAGACAACGCGCAGGAGUGACUUCGGGACAAGUCUCUGAAUGUCCUUGAGUGGCCCAGCCAGAGCCCGGACUUGAACCCGAUCUAACAUCUCUGGGGAGACCUGAAAAUAGCUGUGCAGAAACGCUCCCCAUCCAACCUGACAGAGCUUGAGAGGAUCUGCAGAGAAGAAUGGGAGAAACUCCCCAAAUACAGGUGUGCCAAGCUUGUAGCGUCAUACCCAAGAAGACUCGAUGCUGUAAUCGCUGCCAAAGGUGCUUCAACAAAGUACUGAGUAAAGGGUCUGAAUACUUAUGUAAAUGUUAUUUUAUUAGCAAACAUUUCUACAAACCUGUUUUUGCUUUGUCUGGUGUGUGGAAAAAAACAAUUUAAUAAACGUAACGUAACAAAAUGUGGAAAAAGUCAAGGGGUCUGAAUACUUUCCGAAGGCACUGUAUGUCCUCACACAUACGCACACACACCGGCACACUCUUCAGAACUACCGUUGUUAUGGUCAGUUGUAUGGGUACUUUAUGAAACGCCAUGUUUUUCACAUUUGCUUAUUUCUGAGUAUACCUUUUGGACAUGUCUAUUUCUGUUUUUUAUUUGUGUAGAAAGUGUGUGCUUUCGUUCAUGGGUCUCAACGUGUGUGUGUGUGUGUGUGUGUGUGUGUGUGUGUACUGUUCUACCGCAUGUGUUUGUGUGGUCUAGGAGUGUCUCUUUUUUUUCUUCUGACAGUGGUGAUAUUGAGAGCCAUCUUGUCUGAUCUUGUCGAGGGAGCAUUAGCUCUGUUAGUCUGUUUCACCAAACUUUCACCAGUGCCACCACACAUCAAAGACAUACCCCACCCUCAUCUCUCCUCCUCCACCCUCCUCUCCCCUCCUCCACCCUCCUCUCCCCUCCUCUCCCCUCCUCCACCCUCCUCUCCCUCCUCUCCCUCCUCCACCCUCCUCUCCCUCCAUUCUCUGACUGGAAGCAUUAUUAAAAGAGUAAAUAAACAACAAGCAAGAAUGUAAACAGGACGGCACAAUGUCAAAGACACUCCUCAGAGCAGAGGCACGCUGGGCUCAUGCACCUGCCUAUCAGUAACCAAUCAACCCUGUCUCACUGACAGACUGCUGCUUACACAAAAUACAUGGGAAUACAAUAAGAUUAAAUCAAUUAAGAUUCUUCUUCUCCUUUAAGAUUAAAUGAAUGAAGAUUCUUCCUCCUCUUCCUUCUCUUUAUUAUUAUUACAUUAAUGUGCCAGAUACACACACUUCACAGAUACACACACUUCACAGAUACACACACUUCACAGAUACACACACUUCACAGAUACACAUUUCACAGGUGCACACUUCACAGAUACACACACUUCACAGAUACACAUUUCACAGGUGCACACUUCACAGAUACACACAUUUCACAGAUACACACAUUUCACAGAUACACACACUUAAUAGAUACAGACUUCACAGAUACACACACUUCACAGAUAUACACAUUUCACGGAUACACACACACUUCACAGAUACACACAUUUCACAGAUACACACAUUUCACAGAUACACACAUUUCAUAGAUACACACACACUUAAUAGAUACAGACUUCACAGAUACACACACUUCACAGAUACACGUUUCACAGAUUCACACGUUUCACAGAUACACACAUUUCACCGAUACACAUACUUCCAAGAUACACACACUUCAUAGAUACACACAUUUCAGUAUGAUUUUUAAAAAAAAUGUAUGCACUCACUAACUGUAAGUCGCUCUGGAUAAGAGCACCUGCUAAAUGACUAAAAUGUAAAAUGUAAAAUUUCACAGAUACACACUUAACAGAUACAGACUUCACAGAUACACACACUUCACAGAUACACACUUCCCAAAUACACACACUUCACAGAUACACAUUUCACAGAUACAGAUACACGCUUUACAGAUACACACUUCACAGAUAUGUUUUUUACAGUAACACAUACUAGGUCUGUAUAUUCCACCCCCAUAUGGGUCAACCGACCGACGCUUCGUUGCUGCUGCCACGUCAUUUCAGUAUUAGUUCUAUGAGUGUAGUGUCACCGAAGGGGCCAUGGGGAGGAGAUGUUUUCAGACUGCACUGUGAAUGGAAAGCACUACCGAUGUUCUCUGAAGUCUCCAAGUUUUUUGUCUUUGGCGCACUUUGUCACAGGUGCAGCUCUCAGUGUGUGUGUAACGAUUUCUUGUCCCCAGCUUUCGUUUCGGUUCUUUGAUGUUUCAGUAAGGGAGUUUUGACCCACCUUUUAGCUCUAGGCCUCAACCCCUUUGUCCCGUGCCUCCCCCUGUUUUACCACACCAUGCAGGAAGUUUCUCUGUAGUCUCUCGCCCUUUAUCCCUUAGAACUCAGAAGUCAUUUGUAAAUCCCCCUAUCUGAAUCAUAUUGAAGGAAUGGCAGGAAGGUAAAGGAGACAGGCAAGCCAUUUAGAUGACGUUCCAAUCUUACAGAGAAAGACAGAGGAGUUCCCAUAACCAUUCAUUUAAGUACUUUUAAGCAUAGGCUUAUACCAGUUGUUUUGAUAUGAUCUAUUUCCAUAAGAGUUCUUCCCUCUUUUAAUGCAAAUGAUGCCAGGGGUCUCCCUGAAAGCUUCCGUUGAGUCAUAAAUUCUAACAAUGUUGUUGAUGUACAACUGACCUCCCACUUGUCUCCCUCUAUCCCCCCCCCACCACCCCCCCACCCCACACACACUCUCUCUCGCUCUCUCUCUCUCUUUCCCUCUCUCUCAGGGUCCACACAUAGCAUCAGUGACCCUGGCAGCGUAUGAAUGUGGUUCAGUGGAUUUCCCGGAGCCCCCCUACCCCGAGCAGAUCAUCUGCCCCCAGGAGGAGGUGCUGUUGGGGGGGACGGCAGCAGCUGUACAGGGAGGCAUCUCCCUCUGGACCAUUGUCUCCAAGGUCCGCUUAGAGGCCUGCAUGUGGGUGAGUCUAUUCUACAUACAGUCUUGUCACAGUCAACACACAGUCAACUGCACAGCCCAUGACACAUAGUCGAGACAUGCAGUCUACACACAGUCAAAGCACGCAGACGACAUGCGCAGUCUCCUACACAGUCUUUUAUACACAGUCUUUUACACACAGUGCAUAUGCCCCUCAACUGGGGUUUAACUAUCCAUAUUGGUACAUGUCAGGUUCACUGGCACUAAUGCUCUAUGAUCAGUAGGCCUCAAAGAGUUAGAAGUAAAAUAACAUUGACUGUUGGUCUAUUUAAAAAUAAAAAUACUAUUUCUAAAACAUGUGAUUGCUAAGUGAGAUGUCAUUGACAAUUCAAUACAACAAUACCCACUGAUGGAUCGGAAAACCCCAGCCUUUUACGGUGAAUUUCCCCUCAACACUGCUGGUGGUUUCACACCUCUAACCAAACAUAGCGGUUAGGUACUGGGGACAUGAGACUGACAGUUGAUAAUCCUUUACUGCUGUCACACGCACGCACGCACGGACACACACACACACACACACACACACAGACACACACACAGACACACACACACACCACUGUCACACACACCACUAUCACACAUAGCCCUGUAACUAGAGCCAGCCCCUGGCGCAAGUAGAGGGUAACCCUUCACCAGAUACUCUGGUUGCAUUCUGACUCAGGUGGCCUGGUGGCUAUGGUGACCACUACAAUUACUCAGCCAUGACAUAGAGUUGCCAUGGUACUACCACCACCACGCUCUGCAUCAAAAGCCUAUUAACCCUCACACGCAUACAUCUAACUGGUAACUGUCUGUAUCAGCUUCCCAAUGACGACCAGCAGUUCUCUUCCUGUAUUCUCAGCAUUCACAGCUCUUUUACAGAGAGUCAGGCAGCGUCAGGCCCUUUUUUCAGAGCGUCCCUCUCAGUGUGAAACUGUCCCUACUGAAAAACACAGAUGGUUAACAGACAGAGAAGUCUGAGAAGAGAGAACUCAUCUCUAUGACCUGUGGUGAACUGGGGAUUUUUAUGUUCCUCUAAGCUGACCGAAAAUGAGAAGUAGAGGAUGUUAUCUCACUCUUGUUAAUUCACAUUUCACACGUUACUGACUGUGGGGAACAGAGUACCUCUACUACUACUACUUUAGUACUGCUGCUGCUGGGGGCCUUUCCCUGGAACAGAGUGUGUGUGCAUGUGUGUGUGUGUGUGUGUGUGUGUGUGUGUGUGUGUGUGUGUGGUGUGUGUUUGUGAACUAGGGGUAUGCCAUACAAUCCCCUGGCCUCGCCCCCAGAUGCUGGCACAGCCCAAAAUGCUGCAACACCUCUCCCCCUCCCCUCUCUGUGCCACCCCAUCCACCGCUGCAGGGUCUAAGUGUUCCACUUCAAAAAACACGGCGCAGGUGGCUGUAGUCUGGCACACACACAAACACACACACACACACACACACACACACACACACAAACACACAAACACACACAGUAGUGCAGUGCCCUGGAGAUUAGGGCACGUCUGCAUUAUGAGCAAACUGGCAGGUUUCAUCAAAGACUGCUGUGUUGACAUGGAACAGGAUGUCCAGAUUAAGUAUCCCAUCACCCCCUCCCUCACCCAUCCAUCCCUCCAUUCCUCACCCCCUCCCUCACCCCACCCCUCCCUCCCUCUCUCACCCACCCUACCCCUCCCUCACCCCAUCUCUCCCUCCCUCACUCCACCCUACCCCUCCCUCACACCACCUUCCCUUCCCCCACCUCACUGCAUAACCUCCCUCCUUCCCUCACCCCCCUCACCCCACCCCUUCUUACAAGUUUCUCCGUGCCUGGAAACAUUACCAUAAUGAGCUGUGAGCAAUUCCAAAGCACUCGUUUUCUCUGCAGGUUUUUCAUUGUGUUAAUUAAGUCUGUUGCUCCACGCUCCCUCCUCAUCCUCGUGUUCCUGGAGGAAUGAACCCACUGAACCUGCCUGGGAUGAGGAUUUGUUUCACUCAAAUCUCUUCCGUCUUUCUUCACAAUUCGGCGAGUGAUACCGUCUUAUAAUUGAAAGCUCUUUAGGAUGUUGGAUAUUGAUAUAGUUUGAUCCAAAAAGCUCUUUGAGGCCUAAUAACACCUUAAUUGACCCGACGAAUUUUGAAAUUAAUUUUUUUAAUCAUGUAAGCCAAUGUCGUAGGUGUAUUGUAUUAUACUUGUAUUGUGAAAGGUUGUGGUUGUGUGUGUCUGUGUGUGUGUGUAUGUCUGUGUGUGUCUGUGUGUAUGUGUAUGUGUGUGUGUGUGUAUCUGUGUGUGUGUAUAGGGAGCGGGCACAGCCAUCGGGGAGCUUCCUCCCUACUUCAUGGCGCGGGCAGCGAGGCUGUCUGGAGAAGAGCCUGAUGAUGAAGAGUAUGAAGAGUUUGGAGAGUUGCUGGAGCAGGCAGAGACUCCACAGGUAGCCUCUCAUCCUUAUUCCAAUCUCUAUCUGUACUUUUCUCUCUCCUUUUUCUCUAUCACUCCUCUCUCUCUCUAUCUCAUCCUUCCCCCCCUCUGUGCUCUUCUCUGUCUUUUUCUGUCUCUCUCUCUUCUCUGACAGAGAUUGAGCAGGUGUCACACACCCUUUUAUCUCUCCUCCUGACUUCCCUUUCCAUCUCUGCUUUCUCUCCUUCUCCCUUUUUCUCUCUCUUUUUUUUCUGCCUUCUCUCCUCAUUGUCUAGCAACCUUUGUGCAACCUUUGGUGAAACAAAACGGUCACAGUGUAUACAUGUGUCAUACCAGCGGAAACCUCUUGGAUGUGUAUGCACGCACACGCACAAACACACACACAGAGCGGAGCGGCGUGAGUUGAGCCCUGACAGAGAGAAGUUCAUCUCAUUAACUCCCUUCAAGCUCGUUCCCUUCUCUCUCGCUCUCUCACACACACACACACACACACACACACACACACACACACACACACACACACACACACACACACACACACACACACACAAACAACAAACAAACAAACAAACAAACAAACAAACAAACAAACAAACAAACAAACAAACAAACAAACAAACAAACAAACAAACAAACAAACAAACAAACAAACAAACAAACACAUACACACGUUAGCUAACCCAUUCCCAGUUUCCUACCUCAGGCCUGAAGCAGUCAUGUGCUGCUGCCUUUUACAAUGCUCUGCUCGGACUAGGUGGGUAGCAAUGCCAUCAAGGGCAAAGCCAUUGUUUUCAAGGUGCCUGCAUUGGCUUUGGUAAUACCAUGACAAACAGUAUUUUCAUUUCAAAAUAUGCUCGACAAAUACUUUGACCAUGACAACUCAUAGUAAAUAUAAUGUUCCUGUGUGAAUGAAAUAAUAGACAAAAUGUCAGUUGCUUUGUCCCUCCCUAAUCUUAGCCGGUCUUCUCUGAGUGCACUUUAAUCCUAAAGAUUAUAUUUCACAAUGUCAGUUAAUGUCAUGAGCAUUUCAACACAAUACAGGUCAAACAAUGGGGGCAGUUAGGAAAACGGUUUGGAGAAGCCAGUGCCAAAAAAUGACCCUAUUCUCCUUGAUGUUGGAAAAUAGACUAGCCAAAGGUUUGUUCUAUUCAAAUUUAAAUCAGACAUUUAGAUCAAGUAGUGGUUGACAUGACUUGAGGGGCUUUAAGGGUUCGUUAAGUAGUGAUUUAAUGAGUCUUUAUACUAUGAGCUAUUGAUAGUACUCUGAGCACACUCUGGUCUUAAUAGAUAGACUCACAUUAUAAGCUCACACUCUGUACAAAACUGUACAUUGAUUACUUUUUGCCGAUACAACCAAAAAAGACAUUGACGUUGAACAUCAGGUACAUUGACAUAUGAUGUUGAUUCCAUGUGUUUUCAUCCGGUGGUCAGCAGGGUGUGACAGGUACUGGUGGUCUGAUAGAGUGGGUGGGUGCUCCCUUGCACCGUAAUGAUGGGAGUACCUACUGUCAUGUUUAGUUUAUCACUCAUGCCAUGGGUAUCUGCAGAUGGCACUGUAUCCAGCGUCCCUUGGCCCUCAGACCACAUGUGGGAGUCUGGAGCUCUGACAUCAUUCGACACACCGAUAAUGUCCCGCUCGGCUCUCCACCAAAACGAACGACCGAAGAGAAAGCGAGAGGGAGCGGGAGAAAGCAAAGGAAAAGAGAGGGGACGUGUGAGAGAAAGACAGAUGCUCCGUUGUGGAGAGUCACGUUUUGUCUUUCAACACGUUCAUCUUGGCCGCUUUGAUUCGUUCUAGUUGUUUCUUCUUCUUUUUCUCCGCCGUAGCUUUGACGUGUCCGAGGCCUCAGGGAAGGCUUGUUGGUUGUUUGUUUCGCAUCCUCAGAGAGAAAGGUUGAACAAGUGUCACCCACCACAGAGCUGCUGCUGCCUCAUGGCUGCUGGGUCUGAAUUAGUGCUCUGAGGCUCUUUCACUCUCCCUCUACUGCUCUCUGUCUCUAUCUCUGUCACACACUCUCUAUUUCUGUUGAUAUCCCUCCCUCCCUCUCUCUCUCUUUCUCUCGCUCUACUUGUUCUGUCGGUUUCUGCUGAUAUCUUUACGGUGUGGUCUGGUCACUGUGUGUGUGUGUGUCUGUGUGUGUGGACAGCAUCUGGCAGCAGGUUUCUCACACCACAAAGCAUUGCUGAGCUGCAGGAGGCGGAAUACUUAUUUUCCUUUCUUCUCUCUCCGUCUAUCACCUACAACGGGGUGUGCAUUGUUUCACUGGCCGAGAGAGAGCGAGAGAGAGAGAGAGACACCGCUUAUUGCAUUACAUGCUUGUUAUACUGUACAUUCUUAAAGGUAAACAUCACAGCGAUUUUGGACAUCUCGUUAAAGUGGAUUUAUAUUGCAUUGUUAUUCUCUGUUAUUUUAACCAAGAUUAGAAUAGUGAUUAUAGAAAAUAGAGUUUGAUUGAAUGGUAACGUGGGAGAGAAGGUUUGUGAUCGGAUGUGUUGAGUUUGUAUGUUUGCAGAGAGUAAAUUAAACUGAUGAUGUAUGAGUGUGAUGUGUCUUUGGGCACCACAGCGGGUUAGAGAUGCUGACUCUCUCCUCUCUUACUCUGAGGUCAUAGGGGUCAAUGUGGCAGGAGCUUGACUUAAACCCAGGGGCAUUUCUCAGAAUGCGUACAUGCCAACUUCCUGCCGCAAGCAGGAGCACAUGAGUGAUGGCAGAAGAACAAAGUUUCCCCCCCUUCAUGACGGCUAUUCAAGAAUGAUGAAGUCAUGACUUUACUAAGCAGGUCCAGACGUUGAUGUCAUGAAAAUCUGAAUUUUUAAAACAUUUGUUUGAAAAUUUGGAUGAUACUUAUGUUCUGAAAACUAAUCCUGGAAUCCUCUCUAGAUGAACAACGUCCAAAAAGUGGCGUGGUGAUUCAGUGGUUUCCCUGAAGUGCUUUAUGUUUUUUUAAAAUUUUUAUAUUGUAAUUUUUUUUUUAACCUUUAUUUAACUAGGCAAGUCAGUUAAGAACAAAUUGUUAUUUACAAUGACGGCCUACACCGGCCAAACCUGGACGACGCUGGGCCAAUUGUGCGCCGCCCUAUGGGACUCCCAAUCACGGCCGGUUGUGAUACAGCCUGGAAUCGAACCAGGGGGUCUGUAGUGACGCCUCAAGCACUGAGAUUCAGUGCCUUAGACCGCUGCGCCACUCGGGAGCCCAUUUUGGCCGGCAUGGAAAGGGUUAACCAGCACUGUGAAUUCUUGAUUGCCAACUCCCAGGAUUGUAUCUCCUGUAUCCUGAAUAAGAGCCGUCUGCGUUGGGCUGGGCUUGUGCCCUCCCCCCUGCCUCCCCCUGGCCUACUACACUCCACUCAAAGGCUUUCUGUGCUGUGGUUUGCCCAGCCCCGUCACGUGACUUCUCUGAAAAUGCCCCCUCCCUCCUCCUCCCUCUUUAUUUCCAGUAAACUGUUUGAAAGGAGGGGGUGAGUCAGAGUAAAACCAGCUUCCCUUCAACCACAGCUUGUUAAAGAAUUUGUCAACGUGGACUCAGGAGCACUUUUUUUUUGUCUCAAUAGAUUUGAAUUUUGUAGAAGGGACUAUGGGGCUGGGGUUGGGUUGCAUCAGGAGCCUUAACCACUCUGCUUCCUGUGCCUGUGUGUGUGUGUGAGAGAAGGGAACGGGCUUGUGGGGAGUUAAUGAGAUGAACUUUAGCCGUCUCGCCGUCAGGGCUCAACUCGCGCCGCUCCGCUCUGGAGAUGUGUCCUCCUUUCUCUGUGUGUGAAAGAGUUUCAUUCAGGAAAAAGAGAGAGAGAGAAAGAGAGAGAAAAAAACUGUGCAUGGGUGUUGAUUUUUCCUUAACUGACACUUAACUUUUCCAGAUGCACAUUGCUUUGUCGUCUGCCUAUUUUGAACUCCUUACUCCCAUCACGUCUACAAAAGUCUCCACCCACAUGUUUUAAACCUUUCAGUUCAUCAUAAAGCAUUUAGAAUAGGGUUGCUAUGUCAUUACAUGUGAGGAGGGAAACAGUGAACUCUUUUCCUUUUUUCCCACUGCCUAUUUGCGUCAACCUUCGUCAUCUCUCUGGCAACAGUAACCAUUGGUAUUCAAACUAUUAUGUUAAACAUGGUGCUCAUUGAUGCCCUUUGUGUGGAAAUGUUGUGGAACAGUGAAUAUAAAAUGUGUUCAGAUAGGCUCUGAUAAUGUAAAAUUCUUAGAACCUGGAUUCCAUGUAAUCACCAUGGUGUUUGACAUUGUUUCAUUACUAAGAAGUCCCCGACAGUCACUCAACCUUGGGAGACCUACUGUACUUUCAGACAUUACCCUAACGAGGUCUAAUAUUCCAUGUUUUUUUGCAUAAAUGUAGAUCGCAAAAUAAGAAGCAAACUCCAUAGCAGGUGAUGGGGCCACUAACUGUAAUAGCCUUAACAUAUAAAUUAUAGAGCAGACGUAUGAUUUUUACUUCACACUGUAGGCAUCAUCUUGAUGUGGGGGCAUAUUGGGUACAGAGUGCUGAGUAAAGAGAUGGAGAGCCAAAAUUCUGGAGCCAUGUCCCAAUGGUUUUAAUGACGCUGCACCCUUGACAAGAUCUCCAAAAUGUAAUUGCUGGUAAGCCCUGCCCUGGGGGAUAGCGCGCCGCAAGGGGGAUGGGGACGGGAGGGAGGCAGCCGUGGGUGGAAGCCUGGCCAAGAUGGUGAUUUUCCAUGAACUGCGUACAACACACAUUGUGUGUGGUGUCUGGAUUUCUGAACACUGGUCAUGUAAGAUGGACAAUUUUGUGGUCGAGAAGGUACACACGGGGAGAAAAGGGGAGAAAAGGGGAGCGUCCCGCUAGUAAAUCACAAUGUCACGUGUAAACACACAGUAUUCCUCCCCACUGGGACUUUCAUUUCAUUCAGUGGUGAGGUAGCUAUUUUCCUUUCACUCAUCCAUACCAGUCAAGUGAGUGGAAAUCCAGGACUCCACUAACUUGAUAAACUAUACCAAUGCAAAUAUCAUAUUUCAUCUAAUAAAUGUGACUCAUUGACUAAACUAUGCUGAUUUCCCUAACAGUUAUUAGUUAUUGAAGCAUAAAUCCUCUACUCUACUCCUGUGGUUGUCAGGUGUUUGUGGUCAACAGACGGUCCAGAGUCGUUCAGCUGUAAACCAUACACAUUCCUUCCCCCAGACAACCAGCUCAGUCUCCAAGAUUUAGAAAGGGGAAAAAAAACAGUGAAAAAAAGAACAAAAAACAGAAUAAAGAAUCUGGAACAGAAGGCUAGAAUUAGAGAAGCAGGAUUAUCCUUGUGGAAAGCUCCUGUGAUUGGAUAGAAUCUGAGGGAGAAAUUCAAAAUGUGAGCCAAUCAGAGUGGAUGUCAGUUGGGCCCCCCUCUUUUAGUCUACUCCCUAUGUCUCAAAAAUGUAAUGUGGGCCGGCUCCUACUCUUGAAGAAAUGCCACCAUUACUCGACUGCUUUGUUGACCAUAUUAGGCAUGAUCUUCUUACUACCCCAACCCCAGCCUCCUCCCAGUCAAGUUAAACCUCUCAAGUUUCAAUUUACCGGUAUGUGUGUGAAACAAAGGUGAAAGUCAUAUAGAUAACAUUUUCACCCAUAAAAGUAGUUGUCUUAUUGUUUGGUCAUUGUGAAUAAGCAGUUUUCAUCAUGCAUUGAUGUUUAAUCAAUUUAUUGUAGAACAUUCAGUAUAUUGGAUCAGAAUUGCCAAUUCAGGGGGGCACAUCCUAUCUGAUUUGAAAUUGCAGUUUAAUUUUGCUAAUAAUUAUAGCAAUUAAACAUAUGUAAUGUUAACUACCAUGAAACAGUAAUAAUAUGGUACAGUCAUUUGAAAGCUUGCAGUUUGAGUUCUGGUCAGUUAAGAGUUGUUUAUGCAUCAUAUCAGAUCUAGCCUGAGAGAUGAUGUAAAGGUUAGUCUAAAAGUUAGUGGAUGAUUCCAGUCAUUCCUCUAAAAAAGAAACAUGUUUAUUCUGGUUUUAUAUCUUUACAUGCAUUCAGUACCAUCUCAUGUACAGAUAAUACCAGUCAAUUCGGAAAUACCAUUCUAAUGCAUGACGUUCUUUGGUAGGAGCUAUACUAUAUCAACACUUUAGUAAAAUGUAUUUGUGCUAUACAACACAUUGUUUAGAGAAGUAAAACAUGUUCCUACAGCUCACAAGUCAAAUGUGUUUUACAUUUUAUAUCAAAGGAAAGAUGUGUUGAGUUUAAUAUUGAUGUAUUCUAAUGUCAUUACCAUUGAUUAGAACAUAAAAGGGAUAAAGUGUUAGAUAUGCACUUAAACACACACAUAUUUUGAUCAAGACUUCAUAUCAAAGUUUCAGGCUUGGAGCAAUCAAUAUCUACAGAAUAGAUUUUUUGAGUCCAGUCAAUAAAAGUCUAUAUAUACGUUUUGCAAUAUUAAAUACAAAUCUAUACAUAUAAUAGUGACAAUACCCUCAACAUGAGUUCACAAAUUAGACACAGUGUGUUUUUACAUUUCAUUGAUAUUUAAUUUUUAAUUCCCCUUAAAUUGAUAUACCAACCUUACAGCAUUGGUAUAGUUAAAUAUCUGUAAAAAAACAACAACAAUAAUUUGACUAAAAUCAAGACAAAAUAAACACAUCAGCACAUGCAUACAAUUUGUAUUGUUAUCUCUAGUGGCAUUAUAAUACAAUCAUCAGAAGUAGGACCAAUUUACCGUAAUCAAUCCAGGAUAAUUACGCCAUCCUUCCGUCACAGUUCCCAGAAAUAUUUUGAACUACAUCAACAAGAGCUUAACCCUCAUCUUCCCAUCAUAGGUAUAUUGAGGAAAAAUCCAUGUCAUUGCUUUGAAAAUAGCCUUUUGUUGAGUUGUCAGGAGAGAUAUGGGGGGGGCAGCAGAAUUAGUAAGAAUCUGUGAGUCAUUGGAAUGACCAUGAAGUCUAGUCUUGUACUCACAUCCCCAAUGAUAUUGGAUUAAAAACUGUCACCAGAGGUAAACUACAGUUAGGGGAUGUGAAUAUAUAAUAUCCCAGUAUAAAAGGUGUUUGGAUGUGUUUGCAGAGGGUGAUUGUUCCAAUUAGACAACUGACAGGACAAUUGACUGUGUGCAGCAUUUUUGCAGGGCUUAGAAAACUUUUUUGGUUAACAGAAAUAUUGAUAUAUGAAGGAAAACUAAUAUUUAGAUAAUAGUGACUUGGAAAAAUCUGUAUGUCACAAUAUUGUUUUAAAUAAAUAGAAAGAUGUCCUGUUGCCACAAUUCAAUAUGUUAAUUGUACAUUUACUUCUUAGAAAAAUAGGGUUACUUCAUAUAAACCAUAUUAUUCGUUAAUCAAUAAUCUGCUCUCUGAUGUAUUUGUGCAUAUAAAAUGCCAGCAUCCUUGUUUUCUAUAUAUUUAUGGUCAGUGUGUUAAAUACAAAAUAUAAAUGAGAAGAGAUGCUAAAAAAGACAGCUGUUUGUCCUAAUCCCAUAGUAAAUAUAUUUUCUAUAGUGUAUAAAUCUUAUGAUAUGCCCCAUAAUCUCACAUUUUACUGUACUAAUAGUAAUGUUAAGUCUAAAAUCUCCCCGAGCGUGUUUUAGUCUAAUUUAUUUAUAAUUUUAAAGACAGAAAUGCAUUACAACUCACAAAUGACUGUCAGCACACCACCACAACGAUAUUUCCUUAGAGAGGAUAAAUUAUAAAUAAAGCCAUUUUUAACUAAUGGAAUUCCUUAAAGACUAUAACUCAGUUGUUUUUAUUGGAUCAAUUUGAUUUGUGUUGAUUUUGCAAGGAUCAUCUCCGAUUUAUUUUAAGAUUUGCUCCUUGUCCACAAGCCUAAAAAAAAUGUGAAACCUUUUUCCUAAUGAUACAAGUUCCGAGAUAAAUUAUAGAAUGAACAAUGUUUUGGAAGUAUUUUUAGUAAUAUUACUACCAUGUGUUAAUCUGUGAGAUAUUUAAAAUGGGCAGGAGAUCAUCCUUCUACCUUUAAUCACCAUAGAUUAGUGAAAAGGUUAUUGAUUGCAUAAAUAGCUUUUGGUCUUCAUUGCUGAGCAAAAUUGAGUCUGCUCAUAUGAACAUAAUAUGUUACUCAUGAAAGAUUCAUACAUUACAUUACAAUGAUGAAAUGUGAAUAAGAAUUACAUGUUCUGUAUAGAAUGAUCUGUUAAAUAUUUGCAAUUAUUUUUACUUAUUUUCAGGACUUUGCCACCAGAGCAAAACUAGCAGUGCAGAAAAUGGUUCAGAGAGUUGGAUUCUUUGGAAUUCUCGCCUGUGCCUCUGUAAGUGAAAUCAUAUAUUAACAGUAUUCUGUUAAAACAUUUUAAUCUCCCCUAUUAAUGUCUGAAAAUACAAUAAAGUGACUACAGUUUAAAUUCAAGCCUUAAAAUAGCAUUUCUGUGCAUCAUGAAACUGUCUGUCUAUUUAAACUGAACUGCUGAUUCUCAAACCAGAAGACAGAACAGAUUAUGAAUAAUGAUUGUAAAUAUAAAGCUACCUAUAUUCUGUAGAUUUUAGUCAUUGUAUUACUAAUCUGUUAGAUACCUCCAGUAAGUGCUAAAUACCUCAACAAAACUGUGUUUGGACUGAAGCAUAUUGAAUCAUUGAGUCCCUUGCUCUUUUCUAUAGAAUAUAGUAGUUUUCUCUAUAAUUGUUGUCAGUUGCCAUGUUCAUUUCUGAUAUUUAGUAUAUAUUCUCUAGAUAUUUAGUAUAUAUUCUCUGUUUCUCCAGAUUCCAAAUCCACUGUUUGACCUAGCAGGUAUAACAUGUGGCCAUUUCCUUGUUCCCUUUUGGACCUUUUUUGGAGCAACACUAAUUGGGAAAGCCAUCAUCAAAAUGCACAUU